AUGCACAGUGGGGCUUCCGAGUAAGCAGGCGCAGGGUCGGGGGGCGGUGACCGAGCAGCGUGCGUGGUGCUUUACGGAGUACAAAAGAGCAGGUCCCUGCCCCGAGGACCUUACCAUCUUAAAGUACGGUACAGAGAAAGAGAAGGGGAAAUAUAGUGUGUUGCAGCGGGCAGGGGCCAACACGGAAGUCAAGAACAUGCCUCGUCAGGGCCGGAUUUAGGUUUGAUGAGGCCCUAAGCUACUGAAGGUAAUGGGGCCCUUUAUACGUCCAGCUGUCCUUUGUCAACAACAAAUUGUCGCUGUGUUUUGAAUAUAUGCUAUAUCGUAAUUUAUGGACCUAAUAGGUAUCUAAAGCCAUGUGUACAUGCAGAAUGUAGGCACCCUAUACUGUAUUUAGAAAUGAGCAAACCAGUGAUAUUUUAGGGAGCAGGCUAGCAGGCGGGGCCUAUUACUUUCAUCAUAGGAGCCUAUACAACACAAAAUACUGUUGUUGUAUGUAGGUUUUAUUUUAUUUGUUUUUUAUCUUAUAUUUUGGAAAUGUACAUCCACUUUUUUUUCUUUUAAAUUUUUUGGGCCCCCCCCAAGAGAGUGGGGCCCUAAGCUACAGCUUUUUUAGCUUAUACAGAAAUCUGGCACUGUGCCUCAUGUUCGUGUAUGGGGACACCUGAGCGCCAGGUUUGCACAUAUGUAUGCACACACGCGCUCUUGCAUUUUGCUCCUAGUGUUGCCAGGGGUGAAAUAUGUCGGGUGGGGAGAGACAGUGGCUUUCCAGGUGUUGCUCAACUCGCAUCAUCCCUGGCCAUUGCCAUGGGCUAUCCUUGCUGGGACUGAUGGGAGUGGCCGUUCAGCAAUGCCUGAAGGAUCAGAGGAUCCCACACACCUGAGAUAUGUGAUUUUUUCCAGUGAAUUAAGCUAAGGCAGGAGCUAGGGAGCUGUGGCAAACGCUUCAUGGAAAGAAGAGUAGUUCUUUGGGCAGUCUUUUGAAUGACAAAAGCAUUUCUGGGUGCAGCAGAACGAUUUCCUGGUUCCACACUUCAUUUCCUACUGCUCACUCAUAUGGUCAAAUUAAAUCCCAGAGAAAAGGAGUCACAGUUUAGCAGUAUAUAUUGGGAGUAAAUUACAGUGAAUACUGCAAUUGAUGGGGUGGGGAAGAAUGCAACUUUAGUUCUUUGUUUUGUUUUAUUUUAAAAUGUUUUUGUUACAGUUUUUGAACAAUACAAUUUAAGCAACAUGCAAAAAAAUAAAAUAAAAAGGGAAAUAAAAUAGGAAAGAGGGGCAGGGGUAGGCAGUCUAAGGCUCGUGGGUCACAAGCGGCCCACAGGGGUCAUUUAACCAUCCCAUGAGCUGCCCCCAAACCAAGCUGCCCGCUCAGCAAAUCCUCACGUGCUGCACUAAACCGGUGCAAUGCAGCGUGGUGACUCGCUUCUGCGGCGCUGGAAAUUGCAUCUGCACAGACUCUGGAAAUCACGUUUGUGCAGAUGCAGACACUGGAAAUCGCAGGUGCGCGCAGUCACAUGCGCACAAUCCGGCCCACGGAGGGAUCUCUUCUGGAGUGAACCAGCCCAGGCGAGGUAAACCUUACCAACCUCUGGGUUAAGGUAUUUUAACCAUAUCAAUUGUUAAUACAAAUAUACUGGACUGCCAGCUAUGAUUAGGAUUGCCAUAUUUCAAAAAGUGGGAGCAAAGUUGUUGAGCAUUUCCCACUAACUUUUCCAGUCCUGUAACUAACUACCUGACCCUUUAAAUCUUUUCUCAAGGUCAUUUGGGAAGAUAAUUGGGUGGUGCAGAGGGGAGAAGCAUACAGAAGUAAGAGCUGAUUAUUGGAAGCAGGAAGUCAAUCUCAUUAUUUAUCUCCCCAUGAAUGAUGAUGCCUAGCCUUUAUAUCUAUAUAUAUUACAUUGGAAGCACAUUUUCCUCUCAACAAAUUCUGGGCAGUUUGAGCAGGGAAUGUACUUCAAAUGUGCUUUGAAAGUAUAGUAUGUGGAGCAAGACAUUUUCACUGUAGUUUGUUUCUUUGCAUGUCUGGCCGCUAGGUGCUGCUAUUAGGUUAGGAUACACACACACACACACACACACACACACACACACACACACAUAUAUAUUACCGACAAAAUAUUUUUUGUCACAAUCUAGCUGCAAACAUUUCCUCUUUCCUAAGACAAGUGUUCAGAACUGUACAAUGUUCACCCAGUGGAAUAUCUCUUGUGAAUAUAAACAGGGCCAGUCCAGAAUAAGGGGCCUGUCCAUAUGGCUAUUGGUAGGAAAUCAUUAUUAAUCCAGAAGCACUUGGUGAGUUUCAUGAAGCAACAGGUAUCUCUUCACCUGACAUUAUGUCAACCAUGUGAAAUGGCGUUACAAUAGUGCGGAUUGGUAUCCCUUUUAGCACAGGAAGAUGAGAUCAGAUACAGGAUUCAUAUUUUUGAAAUUAAAACCUUCACAUUUAUUCUACUAGGCUAGAUGUCUUCGAAAGUUACUUCAAAUAAGAGAAAGACUUUCUCAAUUAACUAUCCACAACCAUUGGUACUAUGUAUUGUGACUUGAAGCAAAUUGUUUGACCUAAUAAACUUGUCCUGCAUUCUUGAUCAAAAGCAAAAGCAGUGUGUAGAAACAUAUCAGAGGCACUAUUUAGGCAUGGAACAAUUGCCCCACAUUCCACGUUACAUUGCACAUGUAUUUAUUUUUGUUUUUUGUUUCAAUUGUAUUUAUUAAUUUCAUUUAUAUCCCACCCUGCCUCCAAGGAACUCAAACAUGGUUCUGCCCCCCCCCCCCCCCAUUUUAUCUUGCAAGGUAGGCUAAGUUAAAUGAGAAUGACUGCUCAAGGACACGCAGUAAGCCAGGAACCGAUGGUGCGGAGCUGCAGAGCUGCCAUCCCAAAACUGGCAUUGCUGCAGCUUACCUGGAUGCUAUGGAGGUGGGGUUAUGACAGCAGUAAGAACAGAGUUGUGCAGGCACACCAGCAAUAGCACCAGAUUGGCUCUGCCGGCAAGUUUACAUAGCCCCCAGUCUCAUCAUCAUUCUGCCCUGAAGCAGCUCUGUAGCUGGUUGUGCAAUAGCCACACUGGAGUGGCUCAUCCAGUGGGGUGCAGAAGCAGCAGCAGAGGUCCCAACAGCAGUGUCACUGCUGUUUACUAGGAGGGUACGGUUGAAGUAGUGGUGAGGUUGGGGCCAUGCAGGUAGGCUAGUACCGGAUCAGCCUCAACCACACUGCCUCCUCCUCCUGAUAAACAGCAGCAACACUGCUGCGGGGAGGCUAGUGCUGUGCCUCAGCCCUAUUAGAUGAACUGUUCUUCACAUCCUCCUGAAAGCCUGGCAUGGCUCCCUUGAACCUCAUUAUCAUCUAAGUGGAGUUGUGUUUCUACACGAGGCAUGUAUUGUGGAAUAGUCACACUUUGUUCAUUCACUGCAGUGGGUCAGUUUGUCUAGCUGUUAACAAGAAGACUGGUGGUUUGAGCCCACCCAGGGAUGGCUGUGGGCAGGAUUCCUGCAUCACAGAGAUUUGGACUAGAUGAUCCAGCGUGAUGUAGUGGUUAAGAGCGGUGGACUUGUAAUCUGGUGAACCGGGUUCGCGUCUCCGCUCCUCCACAUGUAGCUGCUGGGUGACCUUGGACUAGUCACGCUUCUCUGAAGUCUCUCAGCCCCACUCACCUCACAGAGUGUUUGUUGUGGGAGUGGAAGGGAAAGGAGAUUGUUAACCACUUUGAGACUCCUUAAGGGGAGUGAAAGGUGGGAUAUCAAGUCCAAACUCUUCUUUUUCAUCCUCAGGAUCCCCUCCAACUCUACAAAUCUGUGUUUCUAUGAUACAAGACAUCUACACGACAUCAUCCAAUUGCUGCAUUCCUGUGUUCCUCGCCCCCGUCCCGCUGCUUCCAUCUUUUAUAGACUGUUGAAAAUCUUAUUUUCUUUAAAAGAACGGCAGUAGCACAACCUUCAUAGGUGUGGAUGACCCUUUUUAUUGCUCUUUUGGCUUUUUCAAGAUGUGUGUAGUGACAUACUGGGCAAGUGAGUCUAUCACCUUCACUGUUACCUUUCCAGUCAGCACCAUAUCAGCUGCAUAUUUUAGUUACCGUAUUUUUUUGCACCAUAACACUCACUUUUUUCCUCCUAGAAAGUAAGGGGAAAUGUCUGUGCGUGUUAUGGAGCGAAUGCCUGCGGGUGGCGGAGGGGGAUCUGCUGCAGUCGUGAGCAGAGGAUCCAUGGUUCCCCUUCCUUCCCUCCUCCAUGGUUACAAAGCAUGGAUCCACAUGGAUCCUCAGGAUUUUUGCAUUGGGCUACUCCAAACUCACUGUCAGAUCACAUGUCUGUGGCCACAGCAUGAACCACUAAAAUCAUAUUUCCACUAUUUUGUUUAGAAUAUUUUUUUUCUUGUUUUCCUCCUCUAAAACUAUGUGCGUGUUAUGGUCUGGUGCGUGUUAUAGAGCGAAAAAUACGGUAAUCUUUUAAUAUUAUUACUGAUACAUUUCUUAUUAUUAAAAUAUUUGUACAAUAGCGUUUAAAUAAAAUAGGAUGAUUGCAUAAAUUUUAGAAACUGCAUUGUUAUUUUAAAAGGGAAAAUUGCCAUUCUGUUUUUCCUGCUCACUACUAUUUUUAUCACUGUGUUGUUGUUUUUAAAGUUUAUUUUCUCUUCUACCCUUUAACACUGAAGUAAUUGUGGAAUACUGCUGAAAUUCAAAAAGUACUUCAGCAGGUAGAGGCUAAUAGGCGUUGUAGUCCAAAACAUCAGGAGGUCACCAAGUUGGCAAAGCCUGGAUUAAUGUGUUGUAAGUCUUCUCCUUAAACUGUUAACAAAAAAUUGUCAGUGAAGGAUGUAUUACAAGGGAAUGAUGUAGAGCUGAUAGUUGUUCUUUGGGAAGCCAUUCAAAAUGACCAGGGGUUUCAUUAUUUCAUUGUUUUCACUUGUAACAAAUAUUCUGCAGUUUGGUAAUGAUAACUAGGAACAGCCUCACCUCAAACAUUAACCUUUAAUUAGAAAGUACUGUACAGGAACUGGAAAUUUUUAAAGAGUACCAAGCAUCAUUGGGUUUGCAGCAUUCAUGUGCCUUACCUGAAAUCAUUGAGCCCAGUUUGGAUUUCACAUGGCUGCAACUCAAAGCAGUAACAAUGACAUAAAAUUCACAGAUUAGAGGGCUUGUUGUAUUAACUGCCUGUUUCAUUAAGUGCUUAACAUCUCAUCCAAUUGACUAUCCACAUAAUACAAGCAGCAGAGCUUAUCAUAAGCAGUACAUCAUCACCAAAAACUGCGAUUAGGAGCUAAUAUUGUUACAGAAUGGUGCUUGUGAUAUCAGAAAACUGUAACAACCUGCACAUUACAUGUUGCAGAAAUAAUGAAGUAUGAUGAUAACAACCUGUAUGUAUGCAUGCACACACACCUUACCCAGUACCACCCACAGAAGCAAACAUAAAUAGAAUCCGGGUCUUUUCCGCUACAGCGAAGCGGGGACCCUUUCAGAAAUCACAGGCGGAUGAAGCCUGUGACCAUGGGACUCGGCGGGCACCCUUAGCGCCCCCCCAACCCGCAAAGGAACCCACUAACGGGCUCCAAAGCGAAGAGGGGGAAGUGGCGUGGUGCUGAGAGUCAACUGCUUUUUCCGUGGAGCGAAGCCGCAUAGCCGUUGCCGGAGAGCGCUGCCUUUUUCCUGGGACAAUUUGACUUCUAAAAUAAUCACCCGUGAGUACUUAAAUUUUGGACAAUUGGACUUUAAAUAAGGACUUGCGAGCAGAAAGGAAUUGGACUUAAAAAUUUACUUCAAUUUGGCACUGAAACGGGAAGGUCUAAACAGGAAGUCAGCCUUCCGUUUCUUUGUAGACAGAAUAAAGCAAAGACAAGGUAAACUAGAGCUCAGAAAAUCGCUUCUAAAAGAUUAACUUUCAUCAUUUAAAAUUGUUGAACCCCCCUUCGGAAGCAGGAGAAGAAGGGGAUCUUGUCGGACUGUUUAAACCUGCAGAAGUGAGUUUAAAGUAAAGUAACUUUCCACCGUCCUGAUCCUGGAGCGGGGUGUCAGGACUGACGUUUGAAGCUCAUUGACCAGAGACAAACGUUUUUGACAGAUAGCUAAAAGAAGAGAAACAUAGUGAUUCCACUGUUCCCUUUCACAUUUUAAAGGAACAAAUAUUGACAAAAUAUCUGAAAAAGGAAACUUUGUUGUUAGAUUUGUCCUUAAAAGAAAGAACAAAUAGAAGUUUUCCCCCUAGAGGAGACUGUGAAACUGUAACCAAUUCCAGGGAGCUUGCAGCUGUUACAGAUUACAAUCGUGGGAAAUAGACUUUUGACCUUGUAGGACAAUGUAUUCAGAAGCUCUGUUGUGUGCUCUCUGUAAAACAAAUGCCCUACUGGAACAGUUAAAUGAGAAGACGGAUUUGAUGACUAAUGCGGUCAGAAUUUUUGAACAGGCAGUGGGAAACUAUAUGGAGCCCACCCAGGAACUAAAACAAGAGUGUGCCCUGACAGAACAGAUGAGAGAAGAGGACGUUGCUGAAUCUUGGGCGCCAGAGAUGGAGGGAGCUGUGGCCCUGCAGGAACAUGAGCUUUUGGAUUUGACAAAUGAACUUGGAAAAGCCAGAUUUGGAAAGAUAAAGUUUGGACUGGUUUGGAAAUGGGGGGUUGGAUAGACCCCCCUAUGCAGGGAUGUUUGGACUUUCCAAGUCUGGCAAUGGGCCGUGAGAUGUUUGGGGCUGUGGGGGCUCUUAAUUUUGGAGGGAUUCUGAAACAUGUUUUUAAAUACCACAUGGAGUUUAGUCUGGACUAUGGAAAAGGGGCUGAUUUGUUGAAAAGGGUCAAAAACACUACCAAGCUGGAGUUCCCACUAGUGAAAGGAGAAUAUGAAGAAGAGCCGCGGAAGGGACAUGGAAGAGACUUAAGGGCCUCAGAUAUAAGGUUACCAGGUUAAUGCGCUAGAUCAAUGGGAUAAAAAGGACUGAUAAAAUCCGGGACCAGGAGGAAGGGACGCUGGAUGAAGAUUGGAUUGUUUUUAUUUCUUUUUUCUUUAUUAUUAGGAUUGUUUUAUAAAAUUGAUGAAUGUUAGAAAAAUGUUGGAAUGAAAUUACUUGGCUCUAGUGAAAAUGUUUAAAGAAUUAGGUAAGAAUAUUAUGGUUAUGAGAAGUUGGUAAAAAUAAGAUUUAAGUUUUAAGUUUUAAGGUUUUCUAUAAGAUAAGAUGAAAAUAGAUUAAGGUAAUGUAAUGACAGAAUAUUAUGAAAUAUGGAAAGGAUUUGCUGCGAUAAUUAAUAACCAGGAUACAAAAAAAGGGAGGAGGAGGAGGUCAAAGAAAGAAGGUAAUGAAAGUUGAGGAUUCGAGAAUGAUGGUUUUGUUUUUGUCUGUUUGUGGUGUAUUUUUGUUUUUGUUUUUGUUUUAAUUAGUAUUGUUUGAUGUGCUUUGUUUUUUCUUUGUUUUCUCUUUUUCUUUUUCUGCUUGUUCUUUUUUGUAAUUCUAAAAAAUUUUCAAUAAAUAUCAUUUAAAAAAAAAUAGAAUCCAAAUAAAUAGAAUUCACCUUGUUUAUGAUGGGCACACAUUCACACUGGCUUUCCCUAAACUCCCAGGGAGUUGCUAUUAUCUAUCCCUAUUUUCUCUUUUGAACCGUGGCCCUAGUUAGGCGAUACAGCUCUGGGAAGCUUUCCCACUCUUCAGAUACUUACUCUGUUACUGUGCAUUUGUUUAAUUAAUUGCUCAUUUUGUUCUCAGGCUGUUGUGUUGGCCUGGUGUGUUUAAGGUAUGCAUGAGUGCCUAAAAGGUGACAAGCCUCUGAAGGAUGACUCUGUCCCUUUCAUUUAUUUAUAUGACUUAGGCACAUGAUCCCCUGUUAAUUGCAGGCACUGUUAGCUUAGUGUGACUUGAGAUAAUGUAGUGUUGGCUCCAGGCCUCUUAGCUGGCCGUACGCUGGUAUAUUAACUCAAGCCUAUAUCAUCAAGAUCCAAACCCCAAAAGUGGCAGGCGUUCUCCUGCAAAAUGGGCAUGCGAGUUCUAAAAAUGUUUAUUCUUCAUUUGGCAUUGGAGGCAGACAGGUUGAAACUAACCUACAGGCGAGUUCAGAAAUUGCAGAAAUCAUAUUAAGGACAAGGUGUCAAAAGGCAUAAGAACAGAGUGUCUGUUCAUAGAGAAAGCUUAGCAUACCCAAAGAACCCACAUCCAAGCACAGGACGAUGUUAAUAAUAUUCCCUGAAGGCAAUUCUAACUCGCAAGUACAAAUCAGACGAUCAAGCAAGUGGUUGUUUACUAGUCUGGCAUCGGCCAUCAAGACUAAGACUUGCACUCCAUGCCAGCAAGUGUGAUCUAUCAAUGGCCACAGGCUUCUGGAUGUGGAUCCCUGCAUUGGAGGCAGAGGAAACGGGUGCUACAAGGGAGAAAAACGCUUCAAGCAGCUAGGAUCCAAAUAUUAUGCUCUUAUUCAGGAAUGGGAAUAUUUUAACAAGCCUGCUCAAAGAUGGUAGUGCUGAGCAUCCUGUUGUAUAUGAGGGCCUCUAAAUCUUUCAGAGGGUUGCAUGAGUUGUUAAGGUAUUUUAAAAUAUUUAUUCCUUCAUUGAAAGUUAUAGCCACUGUAAUUAAUGUUGUUGUUGUUGUUCCCCACCCAUCUGACUGGGUUGCCCUAGCCACACUGGGUUGUUUCCUACAGAAUAUAAAAACACAGUAAAACAUCAAACAUUAAACAUUUUCGCAUGCAGGACUGCCUUCAGACAUCUUCUGAAUGUCAUAUAGCUGUUUAUCUCCUUGGCAUCUGAUGGGAGGGAGUUCUACAGGGCAGGCACCACUACCGAGAAGGCCCUCUACCUGGUUCCCUUUCUUUCUUUGCAGCACUGCAAUCUUCAACAUACUUAUCUGAAUGUAAGGCCCCAACACUGCUUACCUUGGAGUAAGUCCAAUUGAACUCAGUGGGACUUAUUUCUGACUACUCAUGAAUAGGAUUGCCCUGCCAGCUUCAAUGAAAUCUGCAAGGAUAAACACUUAAGGAUUGCACUCUAAAUCCCAAAUAAACAUAGUUAGGAUUUGGUUGUACUUAUUUACCUGCUAGUAAGCCCUACUGAAUGCAUUGGGAGUUACAUUUGAGUAUACCUGUAUAGCAGGGAUAGCCAAAGUGCUCCCCUCCAGAUGUUGUUGGGCUGAUGGGAGUUAUAGUCCAACAGCAUAUGGAAGACAUCAUUUUGGCUACACCUGAAGUAUAGGAUUACAUUUGUAAACCAGCCUGUCCUAAACUUUAAUCACCAAAUGCUAGUUUAAAUUCAGGGAAAUGACCUCAACAUCUGGAAAGUGCUCUGACUUGUUGUGUUUUCAAAGGAAGGACUAGGGAGCAGCCACAUACAGUUAUCUCUGCACCGUAUACAGUGGUACCUCAGGUUACAUACGCUUCAGGUUACAGACUCUGCUAACCCAGAAAUAGUGCUUCAGGUUAAGAACUUUGCUUCAGGAUGAGAACAGAAUUCGUGCUCCGGUGGUGUAGCGGCAGCAGGAGGCCCUAUUAGCUAAAGUGGUGCUUCAGGUUAAGCACAGUUUCAGGUUAAGAACAGACCUCCAGAGCGAAUUAAGUACUUAACCCGAGGUACCACUGUAUAUUUUUUUUGUUCAAACUAUUCCAUGGAAGCCUGGAGUUCCUCAAUGAAGGAAGUAAUGUUCUUUGUUCAUUGGAUUUAUAUCUUGAUUUAUCAUAGCUUCAAGAUGGCUACAAUAAUAAAACCCCAGUAGCAUCAAAAUUUUAUUUUCCAUGUUGAACAUGGAGAUGGUCCAUUAUAGACAACCACAGUUUGAGACACAGACCCCCUAAGCAGUGGGGCUAAUGUUAACUCCUCCUUCACUGCAGAUUUCCUUUCUACAUGGUCUGUGCACAGAAUGAAUACUCUGGAACAGCUACCCUGGAAAUUAGGAUGGUGCCAACAAUUUUUAGGCAUCUACUAAAUACUUUUUUUAUUCAACCAGGCUAUUCCAGGGCAGCACAACUGGAUAUUGUUCCUGCUGGUUUUACAGAUAGAUUUAAUGUGGGGUUCCCACCCCCCUUUAACUUUGUACUUGGUUUUUAUUUUAAAAAAUUUGGUAUGCCAUAACAGUCUUUUUGAAAGGUGGGUGGUUUAUCAUUUUUAAAAUAAAAUAAACUAAUAUAAAAGGAGCAUAUUGGCUAUUUUGGCUAUCAUUCAGUAUUCACUAGAGGCUGGGAGGAAACCCCCCCCCCACCUCAAUUGAUCUCUAUUCAACAUGAAGAUGAGAUGCAUAUCUGUGAGCAGCAGGGAGUUAAUUACAUUGAUGAUAUGCCGGCAAUGUAAAUAACACCUGCUGCCUCAGCAACUGAAUACUAUCAGUUAUAACCACACCAGUAUGUUUUCACAGUUACAUAUUACUAGUGGUAUGGGCACACUAUAGAUCCGAUAAACACACCCUUGUUACAUUGUGCACUAGAUUCUGUGUGACUAGGGUUGCAUACGGAUGACCAAAAGAUAUCCACCUGGGUCUCAAUUUCUUUCAAUGCAGCAGACGCUAUUCUAAUUAUAAUUAGGGUGACAUUAUUUACUGGGGUAAAUAAUACUUUAACACACAAUGCUUCUUCCAGGAAGGUUGCUGACUUUGUGUAAUUUCUGUUAAGGUGGUCAGGUACCACUCAGCAGAGCAUGUGAUAGAUAGAUGAGAUUAGAGUUUUAAAAAUGCCAGGAUCAAAUGGCCGUUUUCUGUUACUGACUUCCAGACAGCUGAGAUAGAGCUCAGAUACGACUAUGAUAUGCACCGUAGAAAGGUUUACAACUGACAUUUGUCAUUGAGAAGCCACUGAAUAAACCAUCUACUCCUUACACAACAGUGUAGUACAGAUGCUGAAAUAUCAGCUAUCAUCUUUUGAUUGACAUUUCUAGCUACACUGAUCCCUGUCUCGUAAGAUCUGGUGACUGCCCACUAUUCACGCUCAUCGUCUUUAAAUAUCUUGGGAAAGUAAAUGGAUCUACAUUGUCACAGAAGUACAUUUAUUUUUCCUUCCUUAGUUGUGCUCCAAGGAAACCAAACAUUAACCAUUUACGAGAACAUAAACAUGCAUACUUUCCCUUGCAUUCAGUCUCAGACAUUGAAGCUUACACGCCACUGCACAACCACACACCUUCAGAAUGUAUCUGAGAGAAUUGUUUUGUGAAAGCACUUCCACGUCAUUCGUUCAUUAAAUUUAUUGGUUGCUUUUUUGCCACAGCAAUUCAAAACGACUUACAAUAUUGUAAACAAACACUUAAUACAUUAAAACUGGAAUUUAAAAAAAAUAUAUCUUAAGGGCAAUUCUGUUUUUAAAAAGCUACGUAGAUUAAAACUUACCACUCAACUUUGUUGGACUGGUCAUGAUUAUCUUCUUCCAAAGCAACUACUCUGUUCCCAACUUAAGAAUGGAAAGUGAAAUACCAGUGGACAACAAAAGAGGUUUAAAGUAUAAGCACUGAUAAUUGGGAAAUACUGGCCUGUGAGUGCUCCAAUAGCCUCUACCAAAGCAUCAUGGACUUUGAAGAAGCACAAAGUCAGGCCGAAAGGGAGAAACGAGCUAAGAGGAAGGCACGGCUGGCAGAUCCUCACCAUGAUCAACUCCCUUCUAGAAACCUACCGUAUGUCCUCACUGUGGAAGGACGUGUGGAUCCAGAAUUGGCCUCCACAGUCACUUACAGACUCACUUUUAAAACCGUGUUUCUCUUCGAGUGAUUGCCAAAGAAGAUUAUUUUUUAUGUUUUAGUAUUGUAAACUGCCUUUUGAUCCUUAGAUCACGGGGGGGGGGUGUUAUAUAUUUAAUAAAUAAAUACAUAAAUCAUUGGCAAGCAUUUAUCAGUCAGAGUUUACAGCACUGAGCUAGGUGUGCCCAUGAACUACCUCAGUAUAAUUUAAGGCAGGUUCAAGUGCCUUGCUCUUUCUUUUUGAAGGGUUAGUGAGUAAUCAUCUGCAUGUGUCCAUAAGCACCGUCUUUCAUGUACUAAAAAUAAAAGCUUUGGAAGUGUUUGGACCUCUAUAUCCUGCAUAUAUAUAUAUAUAUAUAUAUAUAUAUUCCUUUAAUGUGAACUGGGACCUGCCUGUGCACAUAAAUAAAUAACUAUGAAUUGACUGCAAUCAGGUGGGCUGUCCCCUGCAAAAUAAAUAAGAAAGGCUGGAUGAAUUGUAUGAACAGAGCUCACUUGCCAUCAGUUGUGUGUACAGGCCUCAGUUCAUACUGCCAGUUCUGUUUGUUGUGAGCUCAAAGUUCACUCCCAAGCCUCAGCGCAUGUGAAAACUGUGUUGAGCCCACAUGUAAACUGGACCUAAGAGAUGUGUGACGGUUCUGUGUUUGAGAACGUAUUGUGUAGGUUCAGUUAUAAGAACAUUAUCUUUCAAAAAGCAGGCAGGAGGUGUGCAAACAGCCUCUCAGCAGCUUCUGCUGGAAGGGUGUUCAGUAGCAAAAGUGAGUGAGAAGUGAUUACUUGAGUCUGUCAUCUCCUUUGGCAUCUCUGCCGUCGAAAUCCUGGCACUCUUUCCUCAGAGGCCAGCUCUUGGCUGCCCCUGGCAUCGCUGAACAAUUGCUUUGUGAGGCUGUGUUUAGACUUUGGACUGGUGCCUGGUUUUCAAAUCCGACGCACUUUGUGCAGUGAGUUAAGGUGCCCCCUGAAGGAUUUCCUCCCUCCGCCUGCUGCUCAAUCCCUGGUGUCACUGUUCCACAACAGGCUGAGACUACAAAGCUUGAGGCCAACAACUUCUCCAUUACCUCUCAGGUAACAGUCAGCUCUUCCGAUCAGAUGCAGUCUCAAGAAGUCCCUGAUAAUGUGGUGUGCAUUCCAGAUUCCACUUCAAUUAUUCACACCGGGAUUGUACUUCAGUAUCUUUCGCUCAGAUAGUCUCUAUCUCACUUUUCUUUCUUGCUUCUCUUUUUAAAUAAGACAUGCCCCGCGCUCAAACAUAGAGAAGAGUCAUCAGUAUUUAUCCCUCAGCUUUAGUUUCUACCUCUUUUUUAAAAGAAUAAAUCAGUCUGAGAUACAUUCCAUAAACUGUCUGAAAAACAAUAUUGUCUAGAGAUACCGAUCAAAUAUGUCUUUCCUAAGUUUUUAUGUCCUUCCCCUCCUCCACUUGCUCAAAGAUGGCUACAGCUAAAAAUUGGGGCAGCAAACAUUGUGGCCUGGAGUUAGUUAACCAAUUGAGGCUGCAAUCCUUACCAUAUUUACACAAAGGCUGCAUUCACACAUCAGUUUAUUCCAUUUUCCCGACGUUUCCCUAGCUGUUAAUUUCCACUUUAUAUUUGAGCUUUCACGUGAAGUAAAAGCCACUUCCAAAAAAAUAGUGGAAUAUAUUGCAAAUUUAGCACUCAUUUCCAUGUUAUUUGCUUUAAACAAAAUUCCAUUUUCGAAUAACAUGGAAAUGAGCAGUAGACCUGUGCUAUAUUACACUAUAUUUCUGGAAGUACCUUUUAUGUAAUAUGAAAGCUCAAAUAUACAGUCGUAGAAUCACAGAAUUGGAAGGGACCACAAGCGUCAUCUAGUCCAACCCACUACUCUGCAGAAAUCUCAGCUUAAAGCAUCCAUGACAGAUGGCCAUCUGAUUUAAAACCUUCAAGGAAGGAGAGUCCAUAACCUCCCAAGGGAAACCAUUCCGCUGUCAAACAGCUCUUAUUGUCAGAAAGAUUUUCCUGAUGUUUAGUUGGAAUCUUCUUUCUUGCAACUUAAAGCCAUUGGUUCGAGUCCUACCCUCCGGCGCAGGACAAAACAAGCUUAUUCUCCCUUCCAUGUGACAGCCCUUGAGAUAUUUGAAGAUGGCUUUCAUAUCUCCUCUCCGUUUCCUCUUUCCCAGGCUAAACAUACCCAGCUCCCUCAACCACUCCUCAUAAGGCUUGGUGUCCAGACCCUUGAUCAUCUUGGUUGCCCUUUUCUGCACACAUUCCAGAUUGUCAACAUCCUCCUUAAACUGUUGUGUCCAGAACCGGAUAUAGUAUUCCAGGUGUGGUCUGACCAAGGCAGAAUAGAGCGGUUAAUAAUGUGGAAAUUAAAUUAAGGAAACGUUGGGAAAACUGAUGUGAGUGCUGCCUUAUGCUAUAUUCCAGGUGUAUCCAAAACCAGAACAAGCAUCUCUCAGAAUUACUUCCUUUAGAUUCUCAGACAAAACUGAAGAGAAUCAUUGCAAGCCUAUUAUCUCUGAGUACCAAUUAUGCCAGGAAGCUGGACAAACAAAACCCAUUGCUUCAUUAUGUCAAAAACCAUUGAGGUCUACUGAGCUUAAAUUCCUCUACGUUCAAUGGGACUCUGCUCCUUAAUAAAGUGCCUAAGAUUUCAGCCUUACCAGAUCAAGAGGGAUUUAUUUGUUCUGUCACUAUCCAGUGAGGGGCAAACAUUUCUAACGUUAAAAAUUCAAUGAACUAUUAAUACAUAAAAAGCAAGUUGAAACACGUAAAAGGAAGAUGAGCCCUAAAUACUUUAAUGAUGCAUUUUUUCAGUCGUAAGAGUGAAUCCCUGGUGCUGGCCCCUCUUGGCAGUAGCAGGUUACAGUCUGAAACUGCUCUUUGACUGACAGCUCCUUAGAUACAGCAAGACUGGCAGAACCCAACUACAACCCAUCACUCUGUCUAGCCUUGGAGUCACUUUGGUCAGCAGUGGCCUGAGCUGAACAAAAGAGUAAGGAGACAUUUGAGGAAAACACCAUGCAAAUUUAAUGGUGUUCCAAGAAGGCCAAGCAUAACAGACGAGAGCCAAGAUCUCCCCAUUCCCUACCCCCAGCCCAGUACAUUCAUGAAUACUUUUAUUUAUAAUACACAGAAGCACACAGCGUAGAGAAGGCAUAGGCAAACUCAGCCCUCCAGAUGUUUUGGGACUACAACUCCAUCAUCCCUAGCUAACAGGACUAGUGGUGAGGGAUGAUGGGAGUUGUAGUCCCAAAACAUCUGGGGGGCCGAGUUUGCCUGUGCCUGGCGUAGCGAUUAUGGUGACAUGCACGCACAAGUGUGCAAAUGCUGUAGGAAAAUCCUAGCACAUAUACGGACAAGUGUAUAACUGUCUAGAAAGUUAGGAUGCAUGAUAGUCACCAGAUUAGUAUCUGAAAUAGCUGCAGCCUGAUGAUGAAAUGUGCUGCUGAUCAUUUCCAUAAUCCAAAACUGUAGACAUAGGAACGACCCCCAGGAUAGACACGAGAAGUUGUUAUUCACAUCACUGAAGCAGCCUACCCAUUCCUUCCUUCCUCCAGAGCUCAGAUCAUUGGCAUCAGUGCAGUGGCCUGACAUACAGUAAUCUGUAGGGGCAGCUAAAGAACAAAUCUUGCUUGUAAACCUGCACUGGGCAUGGGUACCAACCCUGAGCCGACGCAGACAGUGAUCCAUGCCUGGUCUGGCAGGCCUGCUGUUUGUUUUAGUUAGUGAUGGACUGUGCAUGCUGAGCACCAUUAAAGUGCAGUCUAAUAAUUCAUUUAGCUGGUGUGAAAGUGCACUACUGAUAAAGCACAAUAUCGUGCAUGUGUAAUUGUUUUAAAUAGUGUGCAUGUGUAAUUGUUUUAAAUGGAAAGGCAAAAACAUAUGUGUGUGGUAUGAUGUGCACUGCCCAUCAGAAGGUGCCACUACUCUUGCCAAAACUUGAGCAUCUGCGGAAGAGGCAUCAGAAAAGCAAAUAGCUGUGAAUUUUUGCUGUUUAAUACUCAUAGCCAUUCUUUGGAGUACAGGUCUACUGGAUCAAAAAGAGGAGGGCAGAAUUCCAUCUGUAUGCAAAAAGUACAAACUAUGCAGGGGACCAUUCUGCUAUGCUUAACUGAUGGAUAGCUAGCAAGCUACCUCUCUCUGCACUAUCAAGGCAAGCUAAGGGGAUGCAACAAAAUGAGGGCAAAAUAUCUUGUUCUACUUCUUCACAAGGACAUCUUCUAAGAUCUUGGGGAUGGGUGGAGGAGAUGAAGGCCCUGUAACCAUCUUAUCUGAUUUAGGGAGGUGUCUUUACAAGGGGUGGGAUGGAGAGGGGGUAGUAAGAGGAUCUGUUCUGUCUCUUUAAUAAAUAAAGAAUUUGGGUGACACAAGACCUUCUUGUAUCCAAUGGAGAACAUUUCUUCCCUUGGGAACCUGAAGCUCAGUUGUUAUUAAAAAUGAAAAUCUGUUUCUGCCUUGCAACUAAUUUUGUAGAAACAACAAAUGCUUAAAAGGAGCAGAGGAGGAAAAGGAGCGAAAGGACAGAGGAGCCUUCCUGACACAGGGAUCUGUGACUAACAACCUAAGAACAGGCAGGACAAAGAAAAAGGGUGAGCUGCUCUCGUUCGUUUCUUUUACACAUGGUAUAUUUCCAUUUUCACGCACAGUGUAAAGGAUGUGUCCCAGCAGCUGUGCCAGCCAAUUCUAUGCAUGCUUACUCAGAAGUAAGUCCCACUGAGUAUUACUGCCUACUCCAUAGCACAAACUAUAAUUUCAGAGAACUGCUUGGUGCCAUUGUCUGGAAAAUAAGCUUCCUCCUAUUACUCCUAGCGUCACUUCCAGAUGACUUGUUUAAAGAGCAUUCAGCCUGAUUUGUUUGUGGGGAGAUUAUAAAACCAUGGGCCCAGCAAGUGUUAACCGACACUGUUCAAUCCAUUUCCCUGUCAAUUUCUGCAUUGGCGAUAGAUCUCUGGAGAAAGCAGGUUUGUUUUACAAGACCUCCAAAUCUUCUUUAAUUGCAGUGCUUAAAUCUGCCAGUUGUGACUGAAUCUCAUCCCAAAAGUGACUGCUUGGAAGCGCCCUUCGGCCAAAGAAGCUUUUAGUAUUUAUGGGAGUGAAAGUUAAAUCAAAGGCCAUUAGUAGUGGCUUCAAAAAAACCACACGCUAGCUAACAAAGUCACCCCAUGUAUGUCUGAUCAGAGGUAAGUUCCCCUCAGAGUUCACUGAGACUUACUCCCAGUCCCCAGUAAAGUGUAUAUACUUUGUCAAGGACAUUCUGAGAUUUUCAUAUUUGUUUUCAGCUUCCUUUUGGUUUUCACAUUUAGGAUUAGGUUGGAGAACCUUGCAGAAAAGGGUGCUGUGAAUCCCCAGUGAGAACGGAGGAACUUUUCCAUAGUCACACUUCACUGCUACAAAGAUUAGGUCUUUAAUUUAUGUUAGCACCUUGAGUAAAGCAUAACGAGAUGAAAUGAUAGUAAAUUUACAAAAAAUUUAGGAAAGGGGAAACAUUAGUGCACAACAGACAGUCAAAAAAGCAGGCAUUUGUAUAUGCAUAACACUUUUGAAUGGGAAAAUGGGGAGAGCAUUUUACAAAUUUACUGUUAUCCUACAUUAAAACUUAAGGGGGGUUAAAAAAUAAAUAUGCAAUACACUUAGGUCAAAACAGACCCUCUCCUUCACUCCUUUCCAUGCAUUGCUAGAUGUGUUGCUAACUAUGUCUUUUAAUUUAACCUGAAGGUUUUUAAAAAUGCAAAUUGCAUCAACUUGGCGUGGGGCUGAGAAUUAAUUGUUUCAGAGCAUGCAUGGAGGGAGAAUUUAGCUCUUUCCUUCCGUUCUAUGUUCCUGAGUAAAAUCCCUCCUCUGAUGAUAAUAUCUGCUUUGGGAGGAAAUCUCCCACUGAUGCCAAACCUACAUACAUUUAUUAUGGUAUAAAUCACAUUCAAUGUAAUGGAGUAAAUAUGCUUUACAAUUGUGUUGUAAUGACCUUAAACCAAAAUACUGUAGCCUAAUUGAUUGCCGGGUUAUAAUCAUAGUGCAUUUAAAUUAUUAAUAGAUUGAUUCCUUCUAUUUCUGAUAUUUGAAUGCUUAUUUGUCAUCCUUAGUCACUAUACAGUGGUACCCUGGUUCUCAAACUUAAUCUGUUCUGGAAGUCCAUUCCAAAACCAAGGUGUGCUUUUCCAUAGAAAGUAAUGCAAAAUGGAUCAAUCCAUUCCAGACUUUUAAAAACAACCCCAAAAAAAGCAAUUUAACAUGAAUUUUACUAUCUAACGAGACCAAUGAUCCAUAAAAUGAAAGCAAUCAAUGUACUGAAGUCACACAAUCAAUCAAUCAAUCAAUCAAUCUGUAGCUGAACUGGGUUCCACACAGUCACAAAAACAAAACAAAAAAGCCGCAAAAACAAAAAACUCAAAAUAAAUAGCAAAAACAGAAAGACCCCAGCGUAACACUCAAAAUGGAGGUGUGGGACUCAAAUCAGAAGUGAAACGCUCAAAACAGAGCACGUUUGGCUUCCGAAAAAAGUUCACGAACCGGAACACUUACUUCUGGGUUUGCAGUGUUUGGGUUCCAAGUUGUUUGAGUACCAAGGCGUUUGAGAACCAAGGUACCACUGUACUGAGUAAGGGCUCGUCCACACUUCCCCUUGUCUUGUGAGUAGAAAGCAUGGGUCCGAUUGCUUCAAUUCAGUGGUAAAGAGCGGGUUUUCCAUGCGGGAAAGCAGCGGGACAAGUGGGCGUGCGCAGGAGGCCUAAGGCUUGGUUCAUACAGAACACUGCAAAAGCAUCUACCAAUCCUGUUAACUUGGGAGAGAAAACAAAAAAGAAAUUGCAUUCUCUAGCCAGUGUAGGUAUCACAUUUUAACUGCUGCCACGAGAAACACAAGAAGCCAAUUUUUAACCAUGUGAAAAAAGCCCAAAUUUGAUCCAGAUUGCAAAAUCUUUUUCCAAAAGCAUAAAACAUUACCAACGAUCGAGAAAUCUGGCCUGCAAAAUUAGGAAAGCAAAGGACAGAAAAUCAGGAGGCAGAAAUCUAAAACUUGCUGGAGAUAUUUAAGCAGAGGCUGAGUAGCCAUGUAUCAGGGAUGCUGUAGUCCCAUCCCACAACAUAGUUCCAUUGUAGACCCUGCAUGGAAUGGGAGUCUGGACUCGAUGACCUCGAAGAUUACUACCAGUUCCGUAAUUCUAUGAGAACAGAUGAGCUUGUAAGGAACAGGGCCACAGAGGAAAUGCUGUUUAAACAAUAUGCAUACUUUUCUGGAUCUUAUCCAAUGGUUACUUUGUGCUGGCAGAAGAACGGCUUGCACACAGUAGAACCGGGGCUGCCAACAGGAUUUUCUGCAUCCAGAAUUGGACCAGAAUUGGCCCUCUGUGGCACUCAAAGAAAGGAUAGAAAUUUGCCUACUCUUGCAAAUGUGUACCCUCUUUUGUAGGUGGGGGUGGCAGGCCCAAGGAAAUAGUAUGUCUGACAGAUAUGUCAACAGUUGAAACUUCCCCUUGGUUGUAUUUCUACACCGAAAACGAUUUCCCUGUUCAAUUUCUACUUGCCACCCAGCUGUUAAAGGGACAAAGGCCCUGUUCCCCUACUCCAUAUCAGCCUUAAACCAUGAAAAUAACUCAGGUGUCUCGAGUUGUGAACCAGUUAUUACUGUAGGUCUUCCACCAAUCGAUACAGGCAACGGCCAUUUUGCAUGGGGGUUCUGUUCACAGCCCCCACCCUCAUUUUGUCUUCUUGACUGGAUACGCCUACCUACAAUGGUCGCCACUUGUACUACAUCCAAUGCAAGAUCAAACGUGGUAUUUCAGAUGGAGGGGCUGAAAAAUAAUAAUAAGAUUUACAGCAAUCCACAUGCUCCUGCUUGGAUACAUUCAAGUUUGAAAAUGGUAAAAAGGCAAGCUGUAUAUUGUAAGAUGAUUUGUGAUUAUUUAUUAAUAGAUCAUAAUAAGAACAGCAAUGUUGUCACACAGAUGAAACAGUCACUAUGCCCCUUUAAGGGUUUAUACCACAGGCAGCAAUUGCCUUAGGGAUGCUAAAGCAAUUAAUCACCCCUCCCUCCAUCCUACUGCUACAAUUCAACUUCAGCAACCCACAAACAAACACACACAGCUCUCCCCCUCCCCCACUUCUGAACUAAUGUGUUUGCCUGGUUUUGAUAUUAUUAACCAUUGGAAGUGGAUCAGACUUGGAUAUUCUUUCUCCAAUACCGUAUUCUGAAUGUUUGUGUGGACAGACAAUUCUGGCUUCUAGGAUCAGUUACUGCUAGCAAGGUGCCAACAAACAGGGCUGCAUUUGUUCAUUGUGGAAGCUCCAGCGCAAUGAAAAGCAACCGCGCAAGAGCGCUGUGCUUGUGCUGUUUCCAUUCAUCCUGAAUGGGUCUUGCGCGUGCAGGAAAACUUCUCAGCCGAUUGUUUCCUUUUGUCUCCCCUCUGCUAUUGUGGCAGCUUCGUUAUCGACCUUGAGCAAAACCACCGCUGCACAACUUGCUUCAAUUCCCUGUUUUCUCUUUCAGACACACUGUCUCAGUCUUGGUUUGGGUCUAUUUACUCAGAGCCAAUGCUUAACAAUGACUAAUUUCCUCAAGGAAUUCCUCCGAGUCCAUCCUUUCAUUAAAUCCCGCCAUAUCUCUCUGUAAAUCAUUGCAAGGCAAAAUAUCCUUCCAGACCUCUAUUACUGCAUUAGGCUGUCAGACGUGCAACUUUUACUUCUCAUCUUAAGGUGCAGGCAUCAAAUCUUUUCCUUUGAGCAGUCUCACUAAAAUCAGCGACCACAACCUACUCUUUACAUUCUGCUUGCUUAUUAUACCUGGGGUUGCCAACUUCGUGCCUGUGGGUGUAACAAUACCCUUCAGGUAUUCCCCUUAUGCCCACAAAAACUGAGUCCCCUUGAUUAUGAGGAGGUGAAGGUGGUGACUCUCCCCCCCCCCCCGUACAUAGAGCUGAAGAAGGAAGUUGGAGAGUGCCACUCUUUUCCAUUUCCUCUUUCAGCUCCCUGCGAUUUUCUACCCUCAGAUUAAUUCUCCUGGAUCAAACUACCAGAUUGCUUGAAAAAGUGGCCCAUGUGCCCAUGUGUGCGCUUUCAGCAGGGGAAGGGAUGUUCUGGCGAGUGGCCCGAUUCGGGGAGGUGGGAGUGAAGUGCCAGAGGGUGGUGUCCACAGCACCUGCUCAAAAAAUCCAGGUGUGCCCUAUCAGGCUUAAAAAGGUUAGUGAUCCCUGUACAUAGGGACAGGGGGGCAACUACCCCCCCUGAAUCAGGUAAAUCAAUAAAAACACAGUGGUACCUUGGGUUACAGACGCUUCGGGUUACAGACGCUACAGGUUACAGACUCUGCUAACCCAGAAAUAGUACCUCAGGUUAAGAACUUUGCUUCAGGAUGAGAACAGAAAUCGUGCAGCAGUGGGAGGCCCCAUUAGCUAAAGUGGUGUCUCAGGUUAAGAACGGUUUCAGGUUAAGAAUGGACCUCCAGAUCCCGAGGUACCACUGUACUUAACUAACUCUGGUUCCCCCCCCCCCAAUAAAUCCUGGCUAUGCCCAUGUCCCUGUAUUAUAUAAGUUAGAUGCCACCUUUCUUCCUUGAUGGAUUUAAGGUAGUACAGGUUGAAUUCCCACCUGGACUCUCCUCCAGGAACCGAGAAGACCUAGACCUACCUUUAGCUUCAGCAAAGUGGGUGCAUCAUGUGUCUUCACCCCAUGCCAGUGGAGUCCAAGGCUUGAUGAAGCAGCUUCAUCGCCUUGGCUCUGUAAAUGAGACGGAGUCUGAGGAAAGUCUUAAUAACCCAGUCUUUGUAGCAUGCACCGCUGGGCUAAAUGCCCACCUGCUAUGAGUUACAGUGGUACCUUGGGUUAAGUACUUAAUUCGUUCCAGAGGUCCGUUCUUAACCUGAAACUGUUCUUAACCUGAAGCACCACUUUAGCUAAUGGGGCCUCCUGCCGCUGCUGCGCCGCCGGAGCCCGAUUUCUGUUCUCAUCCUGAAGCAAAGUUCUUAACCCGAGGUACUAUUUCUGGGCUAGCGGAGUCUGUAACCUGAAGCGUAUGUAACCUGAAGCAUAUGUAACCUGAAGCGUAUGUAACCUGAAGUGUAUGUAACCCGAGGUACCACUGUAUUGAGUUAUGAGCUGCCAAGAUGUAUCCCUUGCCCUCUCUCUGUUUGUGCAGUUCCAGGCAAGCAUCAGAAACAGCAGAUUUAAUUAGCACCUGCAAGGCCACCCUAUAUGGCUGGACACAUGGAUUGCAAAAAAAAAGGAAUACAUCACAAAAACACGACAUAAAUUUGCACAAAAUAUGCAUAUACUAAUGUGUUUGUGUGUGUGUAAACCUAGAAACAAUACAUCUCAUCACUGUGGAGAAGACUGUGACCUGUGUCCCUGCUCAGUCUUCUAUCCAGGUACUAACUGUUGAUGGGCAACUUCAAGACCCCUGCUCUCCCUUCUUAUGUGCAUAUAUCAGGUGGCUGAUGCUGAGGCGCAGGAAUGGGCAGAGCUGUGGGUGCCACAGAACCCCUGAGCCAGCCUGCUGCCCUCAGGGGCAUAUAGCUGUCCUUUCAGCAGUGUUCAAGUAAGAUUUAGUUGCCACUCUGAUCAGCUUCUGUGUCCGAAAUGGGGAGAGAUGCCAUCUUUGCCUCAGGCAGUAAAAUGUCUUGAGCCAACCCUAUUUAAGAAGGACUUUUGUGUGCAGCGUCUGUUCUCUUUUGUUUCUUCAUUUUUUGGUGUUGCUUGAUAGGGCUUUUCACAAAGGAGUCUCCCGAGAAAUCUUUGCCCUGUUACUAACCUCUUUUGUUCCUACGGAUCAUUAAUUUCCCCCCUCAUAUUAGGCACAUCGGCAUAAAAGCACAUAAACACACAUUUUAAUGUGCUCCAUUGUUUCCUUUAGUCUAGUAAUGCACUGCUCAGACUUCAAAAGCCUCUGGGAGCCUCAAAAGCCCAAACAAACAAUAGUUUGAUUUGAAAAUGACUGGCUGUUGUAGCAGAAGUCUGAAAUCAGUUGCAGGCCCAGCCAAGAGCUUCCAGAGCAUCUGUUAUGAUGGCACUGCUUUCAGAACUGGAACCAAGGCUGUCAAAAGUGGAGAAUAAUCCAAGGCUUUAAGCCCAGUGAUAUCUGACUAGCAAGAUCAAAUGCAAUUUUGUUUUGCUGCAUAUCCAUUAUGUUGUAAUUUGCAUUCCAUUCUUGUUAGUCAUGCAUUCUUUUCAAUUCAUUAGGAUCACAACCAUUAGGAAUGGAAAAGGACAAAUCUAAACAAGCUAGUGUCAGACCAGCAAUUUUUCAUAAAAUUCAAGGUCAGUGGGAGACUGGGUGGGUGAAAACACUCUCAAAAGAUUCCAUUAAUUGGCAUAUUAUCAUUUAUAUCAGGAAUGGGAACCUGUGGCUGCCUAGGUGCUGUUGGGUUGCAUCUUCCAUCUUUCCUGGCCAUUGGUCACACUGGCUGGAGCUGACGUGAGUUGGAGUCCAACAUCUGCUGCAGUGCCACAGGUUCCCCAGCCUUGGAUUAUAAAUUAAUUAAUUUAAUUUGUUUAGGCAAUUAAAAGAUUGUAUGAUGUCUAUUAGAAAAUCCCCCACCUUUCUUUCUCUUUAAAAAAGGCAAAACUUAAGGGAAAUAGUGCGGGUGGGAUAAAUGUGUCAGAGCCACCUGCUAGACAACACAGCCAGCUUCUGCUUCUAGCUCACCCAGAGAGAUCUCACUGAAAUAAGUUCUAGAAAAGAGUAAGAAUAUUUGACAUCAGUGUGAUGAGUAUGCUUCUAGAAGAGCAGGACAACUUCCAUUUUUAGGUGUUGUCCUAAAACCCACAGUUUUAAACUGGUUUCAGGUUGCCAUAAUUCUGGGAAGUGUAGCUUUGUGAUUCUCUGUUCUUAGUCUCUAGCCACUUAAUAAAUAAUCCCAGGGUUCCUUGUUUAGAAUACAUACUUGAAAUCAUUUGAAAUUCCUGGUGUAGAUCUGCAGCUGGAUUUUGUGUAGAGCCUGGCUACUGGGAAAAAAGACCACCUUAAAAAGGUGAUACAACUUUGAUUAUUGUGCCUGAAAGUUUGCCUUUAAGAAAGGUACAAUUGUCAGAUGUGAGUCUUCACUUUUAUACCUUCGCUGAGAUUUACAGCAAGGCCUGGUGUUUUUCUUUUGCCCCUUACAAAACAAUAUUCAGCAUUCUUUUAUUUCCAGUUCACAAGUGAUUAAGGAUAUUCUUGCCUUGCAGUGUACAACUGUCAGAAUCAGCUCCUGUUGUUAAAACAUUUUUAAUGGGAUCAGUAUUGGAGCCAGAAUACACAACAACAGGGAAGAAACGUGUUUCCUACUCUAAUGUUGAUGAUACCGGUUUUCAGUUCAGUACUUGUGACAUGGAAUAGUUGAUUCAGCUGCAAAGGUUACACAUGCCUUUUCCAGUGAAUAGACAAAUCUGGGACUAUGCCCACAAUUCCACUUGUCUUGUGCCUGAGCUGUUUUGACUUUGCCCUGCCACUGUCCCCUGGAAAACCUGCUCUUUACUGCUAAAUCAGAGCAAACAUCGAUCCGGAUAAAACUUGAUUGACGUUUGCUCUGAUUCGGCAGUAAACUGGGUUUGGUAGAGGUAUGGAUUAGCCCUUAGACUUAGACCCAGCACCCUGCCACUGACAGCCUCCCAGCUCUAAGGAAGUGCUGGAGCUGGGACCAGUUACAUCAUUCCAUAUCAGUAUGGCCUAAAUAAUGUGUCUCUUAAGGGUUCUUAACAGCUGCAAUUUCCUGCUAUUUUGGAGCUUGAGUGAACAUUCAAAGUCCUUAAUACACUAUGUUCAACUGAAAGGUUUUUUUAUUGAUUCUAUUUCUUUACUAACAUUGCAGGAAAACCACCACUGCAACUUUUAUUAUGCAGAGAGGUAGAAUUCAUCAUGAAAACAUAAAUAAUUAUUUCACCUUUUGGGCCCUUGCCCAAACAUUAUGAUUUGGGCUCCCCAAGCUGUAAUUCUGAACAAAAAUUACUGAAAGUAGCAAAACUGUAUAGUGAGCUUGGUUUGGUGCAUGUUACAGAGCUGCACAGAUCACUAUUAUGCAUGUUGAAUCAGAAGUAAGUCCAACUGUGCUAGGACUCACCAUGAACACCUCCCUUGUUCUCUUGGAAUGGCAAUGGCUUCUACUUCAGAGGUGUUGGAACUGAGUUCUGGCGAGUUCCAGCUGAAAAAAAGCCCUGCUCACUAGCAAAGGGAUUCUAGGUUUGCAGCCUUGAGAGCACAUAGCAUUUAAGGCUUCCAGUGUAGUUGAGAGCAUCAGAGGGUGCAUGGCAAGUCUGGACAUGCCUCUAUCCCAGAAGUACUUCAUAAGAGCAGCAAACUGAAGAGGGGAACUUCCUGACUACAAUGUCGCUGUGACCUGGUUUUCUUCAGCAGAUGGUCUUUCAUAUAUGGUAAGUAAAGCAGACCUGCAACUAAUAUCCAUAUUAAGCAUGUAGCUGCACUAAAAUGUUUCCUCUCCUACUGAGUUCAGGACUUGCUUUUGUCUCAAGAGCAACGGUGUAACUAGUUAUUUCCGUACCAAAGGCAGUUUCUCAAUUCUGUGCGUUUUCCAUUCUUGGAAUCUGGCAGCACACAAACUCCUUUCAAAUCACCUCAGCAAUUAUGAUCCCCUCCAAACUGUCAGCGUUUUGUGUGAGGGAUUCAAGGGUCUCCCAGGAAAUUUAGAUUUGUGUGAUUAAAGGGUCCUAUCCACAUCAACUAACAAAGAUAGUCAUGUUGGCCAUAAGAAAACAUUUUGUUGGCCCAGUAACGGCAUAGCCCUACCAUGGAUUUUGGAAUUCUUUUCAUCAUACUGACAUUUCAGCAACAAUUUAUGGGAAAAUGUAACUUAAGAAAAAUCAGGGCAAUGUUCUGCAUAGAUAUUGAAAUAAGAGCAUGCAAAAGCACCGUCUACAAUAGUCAGCCCAGUAAGGAUAGCUUCCAAAAACCCAACAAAAUAAUUUGGCAAACCACCUUACACCUAGAUUGCCUCCCACCAUCUCUCAUCUGUGGCCAUUGCAUAUCCCAUGCUCCCCACGGUUAGUCUAAGGGCAGGAGAACAGCCCCUAGUCACCCAGUGAGCUCCACAGCUGAGUGAAGGUUUGAACCUGCGUCCCUGCAGCCCUAGACAUUGUGGUAGCAGUAGCCUUUUUCCACAGGGGUGAGCUAGACUACACUUGGGCAGUUUGUGGCUCACAGAUCACAUGCAUCACAAGCCCAGUGGAGACUUAUUGGCAGGAUUGGAAAGUGUUGAGCUGGAUGCCAGGGAGCAGCCGAGUAAUCUAGCAGAUGAUGUCCCUGCCCCAGCAGUUCCAGACAUCCCAGCAGAGGCAGAAGAGACAUCUUAAGCAGUGCCCACCCUGCCUCCUGCUAGUGUAAUCUCCCCAGCAACUGGGUCAGAUAAUGAACUAGUUGGGUAGACCCCACCCUCUGCCUCCAAAGAUGCCCUGCUUGCCCAGUCAUAUUGUUCGGGAUGCAGAGCACACAGAUGAUUUUGCUUGCUCUGCUCUUCCAAAGGAGGGCAAAGGGGGCAUGUCAGGUGUUGGGAUAACAUCUCACAUCGUGCCUAUCCAUGCAUCUUAGGGCUCUGCUUUGAACCACUGAGCCGCGCCACCUGUAACCUGAUCUAAGUUUAGGUGAUUUUUGGUUGGGUAAUAAUCGAGCCGAGAGUCCGAGGAAUGUGCCUGCAAGUGGGAGCCAGGAGAACAAGCAGCUCCCAAGGCAGUCUUCCAGUCCCUUGCCCCUCUGAUCAUCCAUCAGCCAUGUGGCAGGAAAAAGACUGCUGUGCUCCUUUGCAGCUAACCAGCAGAGGAUCAGUGCUGGGGAAAGUACCGUAGAUUUUAACUUGCCCCACUCCACACUCCAGCACUCCUGACGCAGCCACGAUCUCUGGCCCCAGACUGCCGAUAGCUAGCUGCAUAGGAACAACAAUUUUAGCUGCAUUGGGAUUGCUGGGAACUAGAAUAGGUUGGAACCUGCAGUCCUGAUGCCUCUGUGAGAGAUUGGGGAGGUUGUAUGCCUGUGUGUAUGUCUGGGUGCAUAUGCAUGAGUGGGGGAAGGAAGGGUCUAUGUCCGUGUGGAUGCUGUCCCUGGUUCUACCUGCUGCCUGGUUUUGCCUUGGUGUGUGGCCUCUACCUGCCCACACACUGCUGCCCAUUGCUCUUUUUUGCCAAGAGGCUUUCUACCAUCCUUGGCCUAGACCUUGAACGCAAAAACUUUUAUUAUGUGUACAAGGCUAGUGGAGAUCCAGGUACUCUGAUUUAAGGAUGACUGUUUCUCUCAUUAAGAAGAAAUGAGGGUGUCAGCCAUGCCCACCCACUUAAUGCACCUUGGGAUUCUUCAGAAAAUGGAAUUGCUUUAAUGGCAAAGCUACCUGAAAUCACCUGCAAAAUAAUAUCAUCGCAGGACUGAAGAACCGCCUGUUUCUUUAGAAAUGGAACAAUGGUUUUAGGCAGCAAUCCAAACUGAAAAUAUGCUUAUGAAGCAGAAAUUCUGUUUUUGUGGCCAAUGCCAUUAAAACACAUUAUAAAAAGGGGAACUAGAAUGGAUUUUAAAUGCUGGCUCAAUUAGCUGGAAAUGCGAUGGUGAUCCUGGAAGCACAAACAACAUCCUUUGCACAUCAGUCCUGAUUUCGAGAGGCGGGAUCUCUAAUCUGCCUCAUAAGCUAAUAUAAUUGUACUGUAAAUGAACUUUGUGUGUCUAAAACUAUCUUAUUUAAAUGCUAAAGCGCAUAUAGUGCAUUUUCCCAGCCAUUGUACAUUUGUUUUGUGUUGGUGAUGUUGCCCUCUACUGGUAGUUUCAGAGAAAAAUAGUGUAUUUCAGAGGGCAUUUCCCAACUAUAGUUUUAGUUUUUCUGUAGUAAAUGUGCAGCCACUACUGCUCAGUAGUCUGUAGUGCAGCCACUACAUCCGCUCUCUAGUUUGUACGAAUAUCAGCCACAUGGCUAUCACAUUUUCCCUCACUAUGGCUGCACUACAUUUUGCCUUUGGGGAAAAUGCAAUUCUUCUCCCAGGGAGACGGGAUUCUUGCUUUGUGGAAAGUAAUAGCAUGAGUAUCACAACAACUGUUUUACACACUGCAACAUAAAUGGUCACGCGCAACAGCAAUAUUCUCAGAGUUGCCAUGAAGCAGUUAUUAACCUGAGAGCUGUAGCCCAAAAUUGCUUGCAAUGCCACACAAGGAUAAGUGAUACAACAGCAACUGUCCCCCGCCCCGCCACUCCCACUCAUACAGUGACUUUUGUUUAAAAUGUGCCUUUGUGACUUUAUGCCUUAGAAGAGGGGCACUCCACUGUUAUAUUACACUCUGCUGCAGUAGGUGUUAUAUCUAGCUCUUUUUUAAAGCAUGUCAGACAUCAGUACAGUGGUACCUUGGUUCUCAAAUUUAAUCCGUUCUGGAAGUCUGUUCCAAAGCCAAAGCGUUCCAAAACCGAGGCGCGCUUUCCCAUAGAAAGUAAUGCAAAAUGGAUCAAUCCGUUCCAGACUUUUAAAAACAACCCCUAAAACAGCAAUUUAACAUGACUUUUACUAUCUAACAAGACCAUUGAUCUAUGAAAUGAAAGCAAUAAUCAAUGUACUGCAGUCACACAAUCAAUCAAUCAAUCAGUAGCUGAACUGGGUUCCACUCAGUCACAAAAACAAACCAAAAAAGCCUCAAAAACAAAAAACUCAAAAUAAAUAGCAAAAACAGACAGACCGCAGUGUAACACUCAAAACAGAAGUGUGACACUCAAAUCAGAAGCGUAACACUCAAAACAGAGGAUGUUCAGCUUCCGAAAAAAGUUCACAACCCGGAACACUUACUUCCGGGUUUGCAGUGUUUGGGUUCCAAGUUGUUUGAGUACCAAGGCAUUUGAGAAUGAAGGUACCACUGUAACAAUAUCUUAGCCUAUUCUCAGCAAUGCCGACUGGCAAACACGAGUGAGGCUGCCUUCCCACAUUGUUACCAAAUUCUAAGUGUCAGCAAGGUUAUCUCUUUGGCUUACCAGUACUACACUAGCGUACCAUUAUUUUUAUUCCAUUCUCUGAAGGCUCUGUAUACCUCCUUUCCCUUCCCAGUUUUGGAGUUGGUUCUAAAAUUACCAGAAGCAGGGCCUUCUCAGUGGUAGCACCCACUUUGUGGAGUGCCUUUUCAAGUGAGAUCUGUUAGGCCCUGGUGUACUAUAGUCCUUUAGAUAUUUUGCCAAGGCGGUGUUUUGCUGAGUAGUACUUUUUAGCAUGUUAUGUUAUAUUAAUGCUGUCCCUUUUAUGAUUAUUGCCCUGUGAUUAUUGUUAUUUAAGUCACGACUCAAUCCUGUUCCUUUUUGUAAUUGCUGCUCCAUGCUUCUUAUUUUCUAUCCAUUGAUGCAUAUGUAAGCUUUGUCUUGCUGUUGUAAGCUGCAUUUUAAAAAGGUGGGCUGUAUGUUUUAAAAAUAAAAUAGAGUCAUAAAAUUGCUCCCGAUUGUUCCUUUAAAAGCGUGGCUUGCACGCACCACUGUUUAAAUGGGAUGCUGAAUGCCAGCCACUCUACCAGGUCGGAUCCACUGGGAGCUCCUGACCCAGGUUUGCAAAGAAAAAUUGGGAGCAAAGGCUUGCCUUUGGCGCUGUUUAAAUUUGGCACUGAAAACAAGUCGUGUUGCAUCCAGCAGACAUUGGAUCUACUGGGGGGCUAAUAUCAGGAGCCGCUAAGUGGAUCUGACCCUAGCUGUGCAGCUUGCCUUUGGUACCGAAUUUAAAUGGCAACAAAUACAAACCACAUUUGCAAAGGAACAAUUGAGAGCACACCCUUAAGGCUCCUGAUGGUUCAUUUGCAGCUGUGGCUUUACCUGCCCCACACCUGGUAUCAUGUGAUGUCAGGUGAGUGACAGGAGGGCAUGACUGGGAGAAGAUGGCCUUGCCUGUUAAAUCAGGAACCCUAAAAAUGCUGUAUGUUUGUACCUCGUACCAUUUUUCAUAAAAAGGAAGCAUUAUACUGGGAUAUGAGUUGAAUUUCUCCUCUGGGUAUUGAUGACUUGGAUUCUCAAGGCUAGAAUUGUUGAAGUUUUUAACCACAGAACAGCAUCUGCAAACAAAGUCGCCUCUUCAUCCUUUUAAAAGUCUGUGUGGCAGCACAAUUCUAUGCCUAUUUACUCAUUUCCAUUGGUGGAAAUCACUUCUAGGUGCAUUUGAGAUAGUAGCUUGAAAGUCUCAACAAACUAUGCAGGCUGCUGGAGACAGACGACAAUAUUCAAAGGGGCAAGUUACAGGGGACCUUGGGAAAUAUACUGUUGGGCGCCCCCUCUAGUUAGCUCAACCUGACCUACCCAGGGCCGAUCUGCCCAUGAGGCAAGGUGAGGUGACUCCCUCAGGUGACAGGAUCCACAGGGGCAGAAGAUCUGGCCCAUGCUGCCUCCACAGUGCCCUCUCAGUGAAUAAGAGGCACUACAGUCAUACCUCAUGUUACGUCCGCUUCAUGUUACGUUCUUUCAGGUUACAUCCUGCGGCGACUCGGAAGUACCGGAAAGGGUUACUUCUGGAUUUCGUCGCUUGCGCAUGCACAGAAGGGCAAAAUGAUGUCACGCGUAUGCGCAGAAGCAGCAAGUCACAACCCGCACAUGAGCAGACACGCCGCUGCGGGUUGUGCUCUUUUCAUGUUGCGAACGGGCCCGUUUGCAACCAGAGGUACCACUGUACUGGUCUCCUCCCAUUCCAUUCCCACUGUCGAUCUUUAUUCCCUCUUGUUCCUGAUGUAGAUCACUCCCCUUGCCAUUUUGUGACUUGCCUCAGGUGCCAAAAUGUCUUGGGCUGGCCCCACCCAACCUUUAAGAGAAGGCAAACAAUGGGGUAGAGGUGGCAGAGCAAGAACACACUCUAGGGGCAGAAUGGGAGGGACAGUUGGACUCUGUGGUGCUGCCUUCGCAAAACAAAAACACUUAAGCUGUUCCUUCUGCUCACUUAAUUUCUGCCCUUGCAGCAUGGAGGAUUGGCACCCUAGCCAAAUAGCCUCGCUACUUUACUAUGCAGAGGGAAAGAAAGGGUGAGCAAGCAGAGGCUUGCCAUUGCAUUUGUUCUGGGGUACUUCCUUCUGAGCCCACUCCUGACUGCGCACAGAGGCAGGGUGAGCAAGCAGGUAGAGAAUCCCAAAGGGAGAAGAAGGCGAAUGAUCAGGAGCAGUGGUAGGUGCUCUUUGUAUCCCUUGCUUCCCCAAUCUUCUCAAGUUAAAGGGUUAACAGUAGGAAGGGGAUGAAGUGUUGCUGUGCACAGUGCAGAGCAGCCCCCCCUCCCCAGUGGGCCCAAACUUUCCAGGGACUGAUGCAUCUCAGCAGCUGCUCAUCAGCAGACAAGACAGAUACAGGAAACCUGAACAGCUUGUUUUACAGAAGCAAACAUGAUAAGGAGUGUGCAUAUCUCAAGCAGUAAUCCUGUCUCUCUCUCAAACCACCUCCAGCUCUAUGGAAAAGCUGUAAUCUGUUUCCAGCCUUAGAAAAGUGUAGUCUUGCAGACGAUUAUAUGCUUUGGCUGAAAUCCCAUCACAUUUACAAGGGUGUAAGUCCCAUUGAAGUGGACAGAGACCUUGACCAAAGCCUCUUAAGGAUGCUUACUUAAGACUAGCUCUUUGCUGAGCCCCAUCAGAUUUACUCCUGAAUAAACAUUGCUAUCAUGGUGUUGCAUCAAUGGGCAUUGUGCUUCACAGAGUUUCAUGAGCAAAGUCGGAUAUCCUAUGGAGCUCACCAGCUAAUGUUGACAAUGGGGAGAAGAAACAUGGAGAAGGGAGACUUAGGAAAAGGGUAGCAAUAAUGCAAGGAAUGAGUGCAGUUACAUAUGCAGUACUUAAUGUACACUUCCAGUCAGGUCAUGGACUGUACCUUUGUUACAAGCAACCAAGGUGUCACAAAGUUAGUGAGCAAACUUUUGAGUUCUCCAGAAUUCUUCAUCAGACUGAAUAUUAAGCAGAUGGGGGGCGGGGAGCUGACUGUAUGUUGAAGCCACACCGUCUGCAUUUAGUCCAAGACGGAAUGUAUGAGAUAUAAUAGAGCCUAAUCUAAUGAUGUCUGCUGGGUGCUGUGCAGGUUUCAAGUUGCACCUAAGGACUGCCGGGACAAAGAAGCAAAUGAUGGCUGAUCCCCAUUUAUGAAAGUAUAAAACCCAGCAGUUAUCUGGAGCUUUCUCCAACCCUUAAGCGACACACACAGAUGGAAAGGGAAACGAGCUAAUUGACUUGUUAUUCAUAAUUAGCAGCAUUACUAUGCUGCUCCGUAACUGAAGUUCUGAAGGCGGCAUAUAUAAAAAUUGUUAAAACAAUGAACAUCUUUUAAGAAAACAAUAUACAGUAUAAAACGCAGCGCAGCAGAGAUGACCAACAAAAUUAAAACAGGCCGUAAAAACUUUUAAAACCCCAAACAUCAAAAUCUAUGGGAAAUAUAGAGAAUAAUAAAGAAAUUAUCACUUGGCAUUGAAAAUAGAAAGCAAGAUUCUGUCUCCUGUCCCACAUUAUGGACCAGGAUGGCUUCCCUUGCUUUUUAUUUGUCUUGGGGAAUACAUGUAUAGUUACAGGAGUGAGGUGCCAAGAGUCAUAGGACAUGCCAAGUCCACUCGUGGAGCUACAAGCAGUUUCAAAACAGGAAGCAAAGGCAAGAACGGACAGAGGUUUUACAAUGGAGGGAAGUAAGCAAUGGCGUCUCCAAAGGAUCUCCGCUGGGAAUUGUGCCAUCUUGGUGGCUUUUAAAAAAAUAUGAGCCCAAUCUAGGGAGGACUGAUCUACGUAGCCACGCGCUGUGUAACAACUAAAUGGAACAUCCCUGUUUAGCAGCAGUAGGAACAAACUUUGCCUUCUAAGUGAGAUGAUGGGGCCUCGUGAAUGAGAGUCCAAGCAACUUCUAUGCACACGGGUGGGCGGGAGCGCAGGUUUCCCACAACAUCGAUUCUCCCAUCUGCAGGGGGGAAGUCCGGUCGUGUGAAGGGGGCCUGGCGCGAGCGAAGAGGGGAGAGCACCGGGGUAGUUGGCGUUCGCUUGGAAGCCGCUCCGCUCUCCCUUCCCGCCUCGCUGUGAGUGGAGAUCCCGAGCGCCACUGGGCGAAGCAGCCACGUUGUGUUGCCCCCAGCGCCGCUCGCGGGAGCCCGGGACGCCUCCGGGGAUCCCUAUUGGCCGGCUCCGUCGGGCGCGUCACGACGGGGGCGGGGCUCCCAUCAGCUGUUUGGGUAAUGCCAGGAAGCAAGUGUAUUUUGGAAACAAUGCCGUGUGCGGCUGGCGGCGGCGGCGGCGGCGCCUGAGGUUGCAGCCCGGGGACUUUCCGGCUCCCGCUCUUUCCGCUGGCCGCGCUCGCUGGCGCUGCUGUUGCAGCAGCAGAUCAGAUCAGAUCAGGCGAGGGUUCCGCUUCUCAGGGUUCGCUGAUCCCGCCUUGCAGCGGCUCCCGAGCCUCUUGCCUAAAGGAGACGCUCGCUGGCCGCGAAGCCCCGACCACAGUCCCGCCCAGGCGGAGUCGCAAGUAGGGCACCAGGUCAGUAGUGUGUGUGUGUGUGUGUGUGUGUGUGUGUUAGUCGCGCGUGUGUAUAUAGAUAUUGAUAGAUAGAUGUUUGUGGGUGUGUAAUAUUAUUUGAUCCGUGACAGGCGUUGCCUACAGACGGGGAGGGCGAGUUAACUCCUGACUAAGCAUCGCUCUCAUGGGUCGCCUUUGAUCAGAUCUUCAUUUCAACUUUUAACGGAAUUGUUGCAUUUCCUAAGUACCUACUGUUACUCGGCUUCAGCCUUCACGAUUGGGUGGGCUGUAAGUUUAAAUGAAUGAAUGAAUGAAUUCUCCGUUAUUGAAUUAAUGAAUUGCUUCGUUAGAGGUAUACGAAUCUUAAUGUUCUGCGAUCUCUGAGCCGAUAAGUAGAGCAGGGGAGCACACCCUCCCCCCACAAUCUCUGUAUUAGUUUGGGGGUAGUGCUUUGGGGGUUUUUUUAUCUUACUUUUACAAUUUCAGCGUCUACAGUUAAGAAAAACGUUUGUUGGCAAAUGUAUAUGUGCUUCACCUUUUCUUUACAUGCACCAGAAAACUGGGAUCUCAUGAGUUCAUGCAGCCUUACCCCUUCCACUUCCUCACCUAACUUUCCAGGGGAUAACAUCAUUCCUCUGAACAGAUGAGCAGAAUGAAAAGUAUCAGUGAUCACUGAGUUUCUGAUAAAGGCUGCCACUUUUUUUCUGGCAAGGCUUCUGUGCCUCUAAAACAACUACUCUGCAGUCAGAAGCUCAAAGGGAAAACUUAAAUGUGUUGGAUUUGUACCUGUCAGCUAGCUGUUAGGACUGCCACUUCUGUUCUGGGACAACUCCUAUCUCAGACAGAUUAAGUGAACUAGUGGAUACCAACAGUUCAACCAUCUCAGUGGUUCCUAAUCGCUUCCUUCACUGUGGCUUCUUGGCAUGAUGUAAAUAAUAUAGUUCAAUUCAUCUUUCACCAUCUCGAAAUAGAAAUGCUUGAGCCCCUUCCCUCGAGAGACAGCCGUAGUAAACAGAUCUUGAACUCUUUACAUAAAGCAACAGAUCAGGCAGGGGCCAAAAGGAGUGAUUUUUAAAAAAUUGCUUAUUUGCUUUGUGUUACUAAUAAAAAAGGAGUCAUUUCCUUUAGGUGGUUUGGCCACUAAUGUGCUGCGAGACAAAUACUUAACUAAAGGAUCAAAUGACUUUAUAUACCAGAUGUGCUCUGCAAAGUACUGCGUUUGUCAAAUGGUCUUAAUAACUUUGGAGUUUCUUUUGUCUGUGUGUGUGUGUGUGUGUGUGUGUGUGGUAAGGAUGUCUUUUGGCCUCAUCCUGAAUUGAAUUGAUGCAUUUCAGUCUUAAAUCUCUGAGGAACAGAAGGUGCAGGGAAGAGUUAAAAAGGGAAUUGUGAAGUCCAGCUUGCUUUGUUUUGGUUAACUGGCAGUGCAUGUGUGUCCUAUAGCCUUCCUCUUUGCUUCGCUCUUGAGAGCAGGCAAGGGGCAAGUGGCUGCAAUGUUUUGUUCGAGGCUUCUUUUUUUCUGAGGGAAUGCUGGAGGGAGAUGGAAGAAUGUAUGCAUUGUAUAGUUCCCAACAGGUGUUUCCAAGUUGGGAGAACUGCAGCACUAUUCUAAUUUUACAUGAUUUUUUUUUUUUUAGAAGUUGCUUGCUGAACUGACUUCCUUCUUUCAAAGGGAUGCGAUUAUUAUUUAUUAUGCUUUGACAGCUCUUUCAGGAAAUGUAGAGCAGCUUAUGUGGGGCUCCCAGCUGCUGACCAGGCUGGAAUUUUCUAUAAUGUUAUAAAUAUAACAGCAUCAAGUGCCCUCAACCUGCCCUCAUAAGUGAUUUCUAAGGUAGGCCAUGCCUGUGCUCUGUAUUCCUUAUCCUUAAAUAACCACUGUAAAGAUUUUCCUCCCUUUAAAAACCUGUUCCUUCUCCAAGCUUAUUUCUUUGCAUCCUGUCCUACUUCCAAGGAUCGGAGACUCUCUUGUCCGCUUCCCAGUCUGGUGAGGUGGAUAGCCUGAAGGAGAGUGCAGAGUUUCUCCCAAGCUUCAUGCUCAGCGAAGCCUAGUGUCCCGGUCACUGCACACAAAACCCCACUCAGGCAGCCCUAUGGUCUCUUCUCUUGGACUGAGCCCCACGGAACACAGCUGAACUUGCUUCUUGGUAACCGUGCAUCCACUGUAAGGGAACACUUUGGCUUUGAGAUCUGCUGUGCAUAGAAUCUUAUUGAAUGUUUCGACAAGUGGUAGGGAACCUGUGUCUCUCCAGAAGUUUCAUAGGAUAGUAGAAUUGUAGAGUUGGAAGGGCCCCCAACGGUCAUCUAGUCCAAGCCCCUGCAAUGCAAUAGUCCUGCCCACAGCUGUCCAUGGGUGGGUGGUGUUGGGCUGCAAUUCCCACCAGCCCCCACCAGCAUGGCUAGUCAUCAGGGAUGAAGGGAGCUCUGGAGUGCAUCAGGUUCUCCACCACUUUUAUAGAUCUCUGCAAGCACGUUUUUUAUACUGAAAUAUAUAGUAUAAGGCCCUGACUACAGUGGCAGCUGCUGUCUCGAGACAUUUAUGGGGAUUUGGGGCCUACCCUACUAGAUAACCAUGCUUCAGUCGUGAGCUCGGGUGCAGGGCUGGUCUGAAGUACCGCGAGUGAUAGCAAGGGCCAGCAAUAUCCUUCCUGCCCCCAGGCCCCAUUGUUCAAAACAUGGCCAGCUCUGUUCUCCUCUUUUUUUACUUUUACAGCCACUUGUCCUUCCAUUUGCAGUUUCAAGACUUGUCCUUUUCCAUUUGCCCCUUGCUGACUUUUCACUUGGAAGGUUGUCUGAAUUCAUGUAACCCAAGGCACCUCCCAAGAAGUGGAAGGAAAAGCUGAGAAGAUUCUCUUCUGCAAUGUGUAUUGCAAGCUUCCAAUGCAACUACAGUAGAAGGAAAAGCAGAGCAUGUGAUACUCUCCCCCCACCCCUCAGCCUGGACCAACAAGAUAUUACUCCUACUGUUUCAGGAAAUGUUUACUCCUAUUCCACUUACUUGUAAUCUGUAAUCUUCAUCUUUCCUCUUGUACUUUAGAUAUGGUGUGUGCAUGUUCUGGAACUUUGAGCUUAACAGCCCAGUGUUAUGAAUUCCUAUAUAGAAGUCACAUUAACCUCAGUGGCAAUGGACUUAUUUCCAGGUAAGGGUGUUUAUUACUGAAGCCAUCUAGUAUCAACUUGCACAUCUUGACUCUGAAGUAAGCUCCGCUGAGUUCAAUCGGAAGCUUCUCCCAAUUGCAAUUUUAAAGCAGAAGUUCGGGGUGUCUCUCCCUUUUUCUUUCCCCAGAGACCUUGGAACAGGGAUUGUCAAAUGAUCUCCAGUAGUGACAACCUAUGCUUAGGCUCUGGAUUUACAUUACUUCUCUUUCAGUGAAUUCAGAAACAAUGUUGUUUAUUUUGCUGCCUACUGAUCUGUCUUAAAGUUCUUCUUACUGCUAGUUAAACUACAAAUCUAUGCCUCUUGCAUGGAUCUGAAUAGUGGGCUGUAGCUGACAUGAAAACCAAAUCAUAUGAACAUCAGAAGACCAGGCCAGCAUCCUAACUAGUCCAGCUUUCUGUUUUCACAAGCAGGAGCUGAGCUCAACAGCAUUCUCCCAUCCUGUGGUUUCCAGGAACUGGUAUUCAGAAGCAGUAUUCUGUUUAGUGAGGAUACAUCACAUAGGUUGAAUCAUUCAGACGUAAGACAGCUUCACAGCAGAGUGAAACAUCUGGAAUUGGACUGUAUUUGCAGCUGAAUCCUAUGCAGGUUCAGUUGGAAGUCCUUCUGGUUUCUGUAAGACUUAUUCCCAAGCAGAAGCAUGCAACACUCCUCUGUGCCAAGGCUCUUGAUAAAAGUCUUGUAGGUUAUAUUGCACAAACCACCGCAAAACAAAUGACCCAAAGAUUGAAUUUCACUUCCUUGUUCAGGGUCUGGAGGCAUGUGUGUGUGUGUGUGUGUGUGUGUGUAUGUGUUUAGAUUAUGCUAGUUAUAAAAGGAAUAACAAGGGACUUAAUUGCUGGUUGUAAGGAGCUUUAAAAACACUACAUUGCCUGCUCUUCUAAUCUCUGACCCAAGGACAUGCCCGUGGACAUCUCUGGUUUUAUAUGUUCAAGCAUUUUAUGGAACUGCUAAAAGGAACUGAAGCUUUUUCUUUUUCGCCACAGCUUUUCUUCAGAGGUGGUCACCAAAAACUUCUUCUUUUGAGCAGUUCAGUUUUAACAGAGAAGGGAGAGAUAUUUGGAUUUGGGAAUUCAUCAGAAUUUCCAAUUUCUUGGAAGAUAAGGCUAUGUUCUACUCCAUUGCCGUAUGCCUCUGAAUAACAGUUUUUUGGAAGUCAAAAGUGGAAAUAGGGACUGUUGCACUCAUGUUUUGCUGGUGGGCUUACCACUGGCAUCCAUUUGGUCACUAUCAGAACAUGAUGGUGGCCUUUGACACAAUCCCAGCAGAGCUUUCCUUAUGUUUUUCUGUCCUAGACUUGUGGCAAUGCUCUGUCUGUCCAUCUCAGUGCCUUUUGAUCUUUCUGUGCAGAAGAAUGAGAAUUACAAGUUGUUGAACUUCCGUCCACUGCACGUAGGUGGUGGGUGGUCUUCUCUGGCAGCUGGGACACUCAAUACUUCUAAUAUACCACUCAGGGCCAUCAUCAUGUUGGCUCUUCUGUAUUUCUCUAUUCAGUCUGCUGGCAUUUUGGUGGAUGCAGAAGUUUUGAGACGGGGGCUUGGUCUUACUUCUUCCCUGAUUAUUGAAAGGCCAACUCUGUUGGGCAACAUCCCAACAAGCCUCUUCCUCCCCAAGGCCCUCAUUCAUCCUGUCUUUUCCCCUGUUGACUACAUCAUUCAGACUGGCAACAGCACCCAACAUCCUUCACUUCGUUGGGUUCCAUCUUGUGUGGGCGUUUUCGGAAAUCAGGUGGCUGAUCAGAUGGCUAGGAAGGCUUUGGGAUAGAGGGACAUUGCUCUUGGACAUAAAUGGACACAGGUGAACAGCAAAAGCAGUGGAAGGUGGGUUCUAUAGGUUGGAGGUUAUUCUCCUUUUCUCCAGUAUUGGAGGAUUUUUGUAUUUUUACAAUGACACACAAGUUAGUUGGCUCAAGAAUUUUCAUGGGGCAUUGUGCUCUCUGGGGUGGCUUGUACUCUGCAUGUUGUGAGGUUUGAAGGAUGGAGAAAACAAUUCAUCAUGUUCUGCGGGAUUGCUUGCUGUAUAUGGAAGACUGAGGACCUCUAUUAUGUAGUUUGGUGAUGUCUGUAUGUUACAAGUUUUCUGUGGGGGUUCAGUGGGGUUUUUCUCUGGGGUUCAAUGUUUGAUAGUUUAUAGCAAUUCAUGAAGGAUACAACACUGUGGUUGAAAUGGGGCCUUUCCUUGGACUUGCUAUGCCAUUAAACCUGGAGGAGAGACUGUAGUUAUGAGCAGUCACCAGCAAUUCCCAACUUGUUACUCAAGAAGGAAGUAAUGCUGUCUCCCACCAAGAAGCAGUUAUAAGCCUCUUAUUGAGAACUUCUAUUGAUCUGAUCCCCUUACGCUGUUCAUCUUCUGUCUUGUCUUUUUGGCUAAGGUGGUUUGAGUUGCCAGCGACCGAUCUGCUCCAGGUGUUUAUAGGAUUAUAAGGGUUCUCUAGAUCCAUUUUGAUCUCGGUUUGGAAUAUUUUAUCAACAUAGGGCACGCUUUGGAUUUAUUGGCUUGGUUACCAGUCACCAUCCAGUCCUACUUGAUCCUCAAGAGUUUCAGCAGUGUAUUGCAACUAAAUCCCAGCAUUUUGUAUAUCCUGCUAGUUGUGAUUAGGUUCCAGCACCUGGUGUCCCAAUUCUAUUCUUCAGGUACAUCCAUCAGUCCCGACUAAUACCUUGAAACAUUUUUGUUUGAUUGUAGAAUCCUCUGGAUUUAUUGAGGACUUUGAAAUCUAAGCACUGGGUAUGGAAGGUCUUUAUACAUGUAUAUGUGGUUGUGACAGGCUAGCAUGGUAUUUGGAUUCUAAAACAUUCAUCAUGGAAGGCUUUUCUUGGACUUCCUCCUUGUGGCUACCUAGUUCAUAAAAAGUCUGAACCUUUGGGUGCAAAGGAGGGAAGAUUGUCCAGUUGGCCUCCAUCAUUUAUCUCUUAUCCCAAACCUAAUUCACAGGCUGUUUCGUGAAGAAGGCGCAAAGAAAACCAUGCAUCCUCUCUAGGAUAUUCAGUGGCAUUUUAUCUACUUUCUUUUUUUGAAAAAAAUUGCAGGUGAAAUGGAUUCCCCUGACUACCUGGAGGAGGAUUUCUCCAAUCUAGAUGGGCUGGAGGAUGAUGUCUUCCACUCUGAAGACUGUGGACUUGCCAGUCAACCCAAUGAGAUGACAUUUCCUGGCAUUUUCACACAGAGUAAAUCUUACAACUGCCUUCUGGGGAGAUUCCAGCUCUUCCCACUUACACACUGUUGCGGCCCAGGCACCAGGCAUGCCAAGCAGCAAGAUAAGGCAACUCAAACCCUCAACCCAUCCUCUUCUAGCCAGGAUGUCAUGUUACCUUGUGGAGUCACUGAAGAGCCCCAGAGACUCUUCUACGGUAAGAAUGAUGGGUGUUUAUAUACUUUUGCACUCAAUGAAUUGUCAUGUUUCAGUAUUCAUGGCAUUCUUAGAUUACUUCUUAUUGUUCUAAAGAAAUAUAGUUCUCUCUUUGUGUGGGACAAAGGACUGAAGUUGGAGGAUCUUAAAAUCUAUAUGGUCAGUACUGCACGAUGAUGCAUGAAAUUGGAUUUGGGAAAAACACAAUUCAUUACCACAAUUCAUCUGAGUUCUGAAAACCUCCAAAUAUAUAUGCUAUUUUCAGCAAGUUCCGUUCCUCAUGGAACUUAGACUAUUGUCAAAAUAGCUCCUUUAUAUUUCUUCUAAGGGCAACAAACUGCUUAGAGCAGGGUUUCCUAAAUUUGGGUCUCCAUCUGUUGUUGAACUACAAUUCCCAUCAUCUCUAGCUAGCAGGAGUAGUGGUCAGGGAUAAUGGGAAUUGUAUUCCAAAAACAGCCUGAGACCCAAGUCCAGGAAACCCUGGCUAGAAGUGUGGACAUUUCAAGGUGGGAGAGGCCUGUCGCAUAUAAUCCACUACAUCUCACCAACUCCACAACAAGGAACAAAACCUUGCAGCAUACCUGAAUGCUUUCUUCUCAACAUAAAAAAAUGUGUUGGUUCAGUGGUACUGUCCGUCACAUAUAUGGCACUUAUACCUGUAUGUCUACCAAUGGGAUGCAAUUAAGUUCAUGCAUCAAAUAUCCACCCAUCAGCAGUUUAUAUUAGGCAAACAGACCUAUAAUGUCAGAUAUAAAGAGCAAGAACAGUAAGAUAGCAGCAGCUUCCCAUGUUAGUUUCCCUGGACACAGCGUUGUAGAUCUCAGAGUUACUGUUCUUAGGAACAUCAAAUCAUGGGGAUAAAUGGUGCAUGAGAUAGUAAAACUGGGAUUCAUUCAGAAAUGUGAGAGAAUUAGCCUGGGGCUUCAUAGAGAUUGUUGUUUCUUUGCACAGUAUUAGCACUAAGCCUGCACCUUAUGCACAUUUAACUUGUGCUCAUUCAGUUUCAAGCACUUGGCAAGUUUUUUAAAAAAAUUAAAAAGGGGAUGGGCAACUGGGAAAAAAGACUUUGGCAAUCCCACCCACCAUUGAACCCAAUGUAUUUUGACUAUACGCAAUUUUAAGCAAGAUCCAUGAAAUGUACUCCCCACCCCACCCCAAAGUUGUGGUCUUACUGAGUUGCUGUCCCUUUAAGAACUGCAUACAAUGUUUUCUUUUGAUCAGCUUUUAACAGACUAAAUUACCUGGCUUUCCCUGGUUUCAAUUUAGCAUCUGAAGAGCUUUUCGCCUAUGCAAGCUCAUGCAAUUUUGCAAUUUAAAAGCUUCUUCAUAGUGAAACAAAUUUCUGCCCCACUCCUUAUUUGCUAUCCCCUCUCCUCUCACGCGGAGCUCAGAAGGAAGUCCCAUUAAAUUACUCCCAAGUAAGUAUGUACAGGACUGCAGUCUAAUUGAUUGAAAAUCUUUUGUUGGAAAGGCGAACCUGGUGAACUGGGCAGGAGAUCUUUUGAAAAGGUGUUAAUUAUUUUUAAAGCAGCAGUGCUUAGGAAGUGUGGGGACUUGGAGUAAAUAUUCUUCUGCCCCAUGAAGGAGGGAAUGCCUCUGCAAAGAGAUUGCCUGCUGGGACACAUUCAGGUACCAACUAAAAACAGAGAAUGCAUUUUUCAUGAGCACCAUUGUUCUAUCCAUAUGCAGAUGCCAUCAUUUAACAUGGCAAUCCUAAUGGGAAGGAAAAACUCAGAGGUGGAUCUGGCACCAAAUACAAAACCCUAUUGGUGGGUGAGGGGGCAGUGGGAUCCAGUUUUUCCUUUCCCACUUGGUAGAGAAUUAACUGUGCCAGCUCCAGGGCUGACGUACUUUAGAACUAUGGAAGGGAGUCUAAGAAACAAGAUCCACAGCAUUCUCAGACAUGCAGACCUUCCAAAUCUGAUGGCAGAGAGCAGGCAUAGGCAAACUCGGCCCUCCAGAUGUUUUGGGACUACAACUACCAUCAUCCCUAGCUAACAGGACCAGUUGCCAGGGAUGAUGGGAGUUGUAGUCCUAAAACAUCUGUAGGGCUGAGUUUGCCUGUGCCUGGCAGAGAGGGAGGCCCACAGCAUCCAACAACCCCCAGAUGUUGGGCCUAUUUGAAAUCAAAUCAAUCACAUAACUGAGGCAAUUCAGGGUCCAUGAUUCUGUUUGGGGUUGUUUUUUUUUACAGAAAAAUAAUGUAGCAUUUACAGUGUUUGCAUGUACCUCUGUGGAUUUAAAUCAGAGGUGGUGAACCUUUAGCCCUCCUGAUGUUGUUGGAUUACAACACCAAUAAUCUUUGACCAGUGGGGCUGGGGCUGAUGGGAAUUGGAGUCCAAGGACACUUGGAGGGCCAUAAGUUCCCCACCCCCAGUUUAAGGGGACGUUUGAAUCUUUUUAUCUGCUCCAAAAAGGUGCCCAGCUGGCCCCAUGAUACUUCUCAUGAAGUUCUAUGAACUGCUGUUGCAUAAAGCAGGGAAUCCGUGGUCCUCCAGAUGUUUGCUAGGCUUCCAACACCCAUCAACCUCUUCCAGUGAGACCAGUGGUUGGGUGUGAUGAGAGCUGGAAAAUCAAGCAAAAUCUGGAGGUCCACUGAUUUCCUAUCAUUGGCUUAGAGACUAAAAGUGACCUAUAAUGUGACACGUCCAAGUCCAUAAAACACACAAAGGUUUGUGAACAAAUUCAUUGGAAAAAUACCAAACGUUCAUCCAACAAUACUAUAAGAAGGAUAAAUCCCACCCCACCCUAUGAUAAGAUGAACACCACAAACAGGCCAGAAAUUGUGCUGAAGCAUGACACCAGUUAAUAACCAAAAGCUUGGAGAACCAGGAAAGCCUUCUGGUGUUGAAAAGCUGACAGUGAUAGUCCCAUGUGUGUUUCCCUGCGGGGAGCAUUCCACAAACAGAGUGGCCCAUUUUUGCACUGCCAACCUCUGCACUUCCCUCAGAGGAGCCACUGGGGAAACUGCCCCAUGGAGGGCUUCCUCUUUUACCUGUGAGCAUCCUUAGGUUUACCCAGCAGAGGCAGCAGUACUCUAGGGUGGCUGUGAGUGUCAUUUCAGUUUCCUACAAAAACCCAGAGGUCCCAGUGUAGUGUCAUCCUAGAGCAUUGUGGGAAUUUAAAAUGGAGUCUUAUAGACCCAGUUGCCCAAUGUGGAGGGUCCUGAGCAGGUAUUGCCAGUCAUGGAUCCCUUAGCUUUCUAAAAGGUGUUUGAGGUUUAGCUAUAAGUGUUUUGCUUAAUUCAAAUGAGACAUUUUAUUUCCUUGAUUAUGAUCUUGAUUUUGCUGCAUUCUCUUCCGGUGUGCUGUUCAUGGCUGAAGGAUUGUUCACAUACGUGAGAGGCUAUAAGCGCCUGACUCUUCUCUGAUGUUUGGCAGGGAACGCCGGGUUCCGUUUACAUGUCAACCCCAUUGGUUUCUCAUUGAGUCCACACCUCCGGGAGGAACCUCGGGAAAGCCCACAGGAACUGCGAACUGAAGUUCAGAUUGCACGGAAGUUACAGUGCAUUGCGGACCAGUUUCACAGGCUGCACCUACAGAGGGUAGGUUGUCUUUUGGGCAAGGAAAGUGGAGUGUUGGUGGUGGAGUGAGGGGGGGACUUUAUUCACUGUCGAGGAUGCUUUAUUUGGUUUGGCCAAAUGUGUUCUCUUCUUUUUCCGUUAGAUAGCCUACACACACACACACACACACACACACACAUUACUGUUUUAAUAAUAAACAUUUGGGAAAUUGUUUUUUGAACCAUAUUUCCUCUUUGUUCAAUGGUCUUUUUAAAAAUAAUCAUUCUGUUUUAUUUGGGGGGGGGGGUUUCCGCCCUCCUUCACACAAAGCAUCAGACUGCAGAACAAUAUUAUUUCUUUACAUAAAGCCAAUUUCUCUUGCAGCACGACCAACGAAUAGGCCUCAUGAGGAGUUAGGAAGUUAGGAGCAGGCUUCAUUCUUAAUGGCCCUCACCAAAUCCUGUAGGACUGAGUGAGAAGUCAGCAAAAUGGUUGAGGAAAGGGCCUAUCUGCUCUUCUCAAUAAACAGUGGGUUGGCUCAUGCCAGAGAGCAAGUUUAGCCCCCACCCCAGAUAUAUGCCUCCGUACGUACAUACCUUUGGUUUCUCACAUGCAUUUUCCCCCUUCUCCUGCUCCUCUAGCUUUUUCACUUCAACUAUCCCAAAGUCUCCUGCUCACUCAAAUUCCCCUUGUAGAAUCAUAGAGCUGGAAGUGAUUUAGUCCAAUCCCCUGCUCACUGCAGGAUCUACAAGCCAUGAUGCGAAUGGGUGCCCCUAACAACUCUCAGCACCCUUAACAAACUACAGCCCCCAGAAUUCUUUGGGAGGAAGCCAUGACUGUUUAAAGUGGUACUGUAGUGCUUUAAAUGCUUGGUGUAAAUGUGCCCUUGGGCUGGACUGCAGUGUACGUUAUUGAUAGCCACAUUAAAGGAUCCUGGCUCCAACCCACUAUUUAGAAGUAUUGCUUUGUGUUUUAAUUUCUUUGCAAGGAAAGGCACCUGUAUAACCACAAGGUGUCAGAAGUUUCACCUUGGGCUUUUCUGAUUUUUUAAAUAUUUCAAACCAAAGGAAGAAAGUUAAGGUCUUGAACUUCAGAUCUCUCUUCUUUGCAGUCUGAGAGGAGCUAAGGUCACCUCUGGACAUAGGGUGGCCCCUCUGCUCUACAUCUCCCCCAGACCCCCAAUUACUUCUGUGUAAACUACCCACACUGUUGCUGUGUCUGGUCUCUCCUCAGCCCAUGUGGAACAUUCUUAAACAGAAAUCUCAGUGCUGAAACAAAAAUAAAAAUUCCCAGAAUUCUUUGGGGGAGAGCCAAGACCGUUAAAACCAGUUUGUUUUAACAUACCCAGAAUGAUGCUAUCUGGGCCUGGGCAGAUUUCCACUUCAGCUGUGAAGACUUGCAUGCCAGAGCUUAUCAUUGCUGUGGGUUCUGCUUCUCUUCCAAGGGUGAGUGCAAGUUGUGUCACAGGGCCAAAGCCUUGGUCCGGGGCCAGAGAGUUCUGUAACCGAACAUACCAAGCUUUCUAAAAAGGAAACCUGCACUUUUUAAUAAUGUGGAUGUCUCUUUGUAAGAUAAGAUGUUCAUCUGAGCCGUUUUAAGGGAUGUAAAUUGAGGUGCAUUGUCUUGCUGUGGCUGUUUCCAACUGGAUGGAAGUGGGAGCAAAGAUUCAGGAAGUUCUUGUGGGUUUGGGUCAUGUGCGGAAUGGAUGUGGGCAGUGGCUGUGGAAGGCGAGAGUCUGACAUUCUGCAUCCAUAGAUGUUUCCUUUAGGCAUUCUGGGACAGCUGUCUAUGCAGAUUCGGGAUCAACCCAGGGAGAAGGAUCUGCAUGCACUUUUUUUUGGCUCAUGUCCCACAUGGGGCCAGACGUUCACAUUCCAGCUGCCCAUUGUUUAUCUCAGAGUCUUGUGCUACCAUCUUAUUUAUUCCCUUCCUUCCCAGGACUUCUUUGUACAUUGUUGGUUGGGGUAUGGUUGCACUUGAGCUAGUGUGUUCAAGGCAAAAGAGUGCAGUCUCCAAAGUUAUUUGAUCUAAGAAAGCAGAUGUGAAAAAAGGUUAACUGGAACAUUUAAAACCUACUGUUCAUACUGUCUGGUGGCAUCCUAUUUUGUUGCUUUGUGUGCACAUGGAAGGUUCACAGGGGGAGGGAUUUUUUAAAAUAAAAAAAUCUCCCCUACCACCACUAUGGACAUCAUUAUCUCCCCCAUCCCUCACUCCUGCCCUUAGAUAGUAUUUCUUCAAUAUCCGUCCUGGAACUCAUCUGUGGCGUAGCUAACUUUGCUCAGAGUAGUAAAGGUUAACUGGGUGCCUUUUCCCCCUCCUUCUUCUGUCAAAAGAGUCCUGAAGGGAAGCCACAGAACUGGUUGUAACUCGACCCUUUCCAUCUGGGGAGUGUAGCUAUCCGAUGUCUUUGUCUGGGAAAUGUGUCCAAGAAUGCCCCAGGAGGAGGGGGGGAAAUAAAACCUGUAACCAAAAAAAGAAAAUUGGCCGGUCCCCUCCCUUUUCUUCAUCUUCGGGCAAGGAGUGUGUGUGUUGCCGUGGCACCCGGGUCCCUGAGGAACUGACUGCAGAGCAAAAGGAGGGUGAGAGAGAGACUUUCUGUGGAGGCCGGAGAAUCGCGUGUCAGCCAAGCAUGUGGAAGAGUUAGUAAACAAAAGCAUCCCUCUUUACUACGACCUCAUGCAGCCAAGAGAGGAGGGGCUCUUUCCCUUUCAGCUGAAAUAAUAGAGUGUUGUAAAGGAGAGGGAGAGUCCUAGCUGAACAUUUGUUUUGUUUUUAAAGAGAGAGAGAAGCCCUGGACACAGGUGGGGAAGAACUUAAGCGCCGGGUCUUCACCGCUCAGUCUUUGGACUGAUAACUGGCACUCUGCUGGCAGGGAGGCUUUUUGUGUUUGUACGGAGCGAUGUUUGAGACCAUUGAAGGUUUUAUUUAUCGCUACGCUUAUGCUAAUACCGUCUUUUCCUUCCCGCCUCGCUCUUUGCCAACUUUCUCCUCUCGUUUUUGGCAAAGAUAACGGAGCGCUGUCCAGUCGCUUUUCUUUCGGUUGGGAAGGACGUCGGAGGCCAGGGAGACUUUGUCUUGCCCAUGCAGUUGCCUCCGUCUGGUUCAAUGGCUCCAAAUGGCACUUUUGGAGCAACCCAAAAGUUGGCCAAAGGCUGUGGCAAGCAGCUUCUGUUCUGCUUCGCUGACAGGACAGCACGUAAACCGCUGGGGGAGCCUCCAGGGUGCCAACCGAAAGCUGAACUAGAGUAGAUGUACUUCUGGUGGCGUCCCACCAGUGGCAGCAUCUGAAAGUAGAACUAUUUAGGAGUGAGACAGGGCAGCCUUCUAUCCACAGGAUGCAAAGCUCCCCCAUUCCCCUACAUGCUCAUAGAUCUGGCCUGAUGUUAUGACAGCCACCAUAGAUAGGUCUCAAGGAGAUUUGCAAAUAUACCACAAAACAGCUAAAACAGUUUUUAAAAACAACUAAAGAUAGGCCUAAAAACAGUACAAGAUGAACACCUAAAGCAGAGACCUUUCCCUUGUCAAUAUUGGAGACCAAGAUUCUCUGUAAAUUUAUCAAAGAAGACAAGCUAUGGAGCUGCUCUUUGAGGUAGAAGACUAUCCAAAACCAGGCUUCUAGCAUUUAAAAUGUACAUAAUUCUAUGUGCAUUUUCUCCAUGGGAGUAGUUACUUUGGGGUUUGAGCUGACUCAUAUUCAAAAAGAUGCACCCAGCUCUCUUCAACUGCUCUAUUAAUUUAUUAGACAAAUUACACUCUCUUUAAUAUUCAGUUUAUGUGCUUUCAGUGUAGUGGGCCCAAGCCUGUGGAACUCCAUGCUAACUGAGAUUAGACAGGCUCUCUCCUUGCACAUAACUAAUACUUCCUUGCUCCAUUUUAAGGUGGUGUUUGGCUUUAUGAUAUGUUCUCAUUGUCGCAUUUCCUGUGGAUUUAUUUUUACAUAUACUGCAUAAAAAUGCAGUCAAGCAGUACUGAUACAGGGUAAGUAGGCAAAGUAAUGUUAAAGUCAGAUUCUGAUUUGCAGGAUACCAAAGUACAUUAAUCCAUCUUUUUUAAACAUUAAAAAAAAUGAACCAUUUUGAGGUUCUUUAUCUGCAGGGCCUCAGACCUGAUUGUGGGAUGCCAGCCCAUCUAAGGAACAGGUGUUGGAUCCUUUGUAUGCAGAACAUGGACCUAUAGUGUUUGCUCACAAGUAAGACCUGCUGAGUUCACUGAGGCUCAUGGUGCAAUCCUAAGUAUAGGAAGAUGGUGCAACUUAUGACGGAUUAAAUUAAGCUGGUGUUAAGUUACCAUUGGGACAGGGGUGGCGCUGUGGGUUAAACCACAGAGUCUAGGACUUGCAGAUCAGAAGGUCGGCGGUUCGAAUCCCCGCGACGGGGUGAGCUCCCGUUGCUUGGUCCCUGCUCCUGUCAACCUAGCAGUUAGAAAGCACGUCAAAGUGCAAGUAGAUAAAUAGGUACCGCUCCGGUGAGAAGGUAAACGGCGUUUCUGUGCGCUGCUCUGGUUCAGCAGAAACGGCUUAGUCAUGCUGGCCACAUGACCCAGAAGCUGUACGCCGGCUCCCUCGGCCAAUAAAGCGAGAUGAGUGCCGCAACCCCAGAGUCGUCCGCGACUGGACCUAAUGGUCAGGGGUGCCUUUACCUUUCAGUUACCAUUAUUCCAAACUCCAUUCAGCAGCAAGGCUACUGCAGGCUGAUCUGGCCUUUAAAAUAGAGUUUGACUUACACAACAACCCUCUUUGCUUGCGUAUGUUCCACCGGGUUGCCUGGUCACAUGACUAUUUCGAAUAGGUGCAGGUCUAUCCUUGUCUUGCCCCACUUCUGCAACCCUCCCUAUUUCAGACUUAAGAUGGUUCAAGAUACACAGACUAAGCCAGAACAGCCAUGUUAAGGGACGCAUGCCGGCAUGUUGCUGGCCGAGCUGGGAUGAGGGAAAUCUGCUUGCGCAGCUCUGGUUCAGCAAAGACAGCCCAAGAUCUCCCUAUUCUAAAUUUACACACCUUGAUAUUAGAUUGCUCUAUCAGUCCCAAAUAAGGAUGCAUGGGAUUAUAGCAAUGGGUAAGACCUCUUGCAAAUGUUAACUCAACAGUGUGCAGCCUUUUAGAACAGCAACAAAAGCAAUCAGUUUCCACUUGACUGUAUUUUGGCUAGAGUCUCCUGUAAUAGACAGGGAGUCUAUAAGAAAUGGGAGGCAAUUUAUUCUCGCGGCACUGAGGGCUGCAUAACUGUCAAUAAAAUCCAGGAGACCUGACUCCAGUCCCCCUGCUCUGGCCUCCAGAUCUUGCUGAGAUAAUGCUUUGGGGCUUCGGGGACAUUUAUGUUGAAAAUGAGUUGUAAUUGAGAGCUGUAUAUAUUGACCAAUAAAAGUUUAUGGCAGUGAGGCAAGAAGGGGAGAAACACAAACUGUUAAAUUCCUCCCUGCUUCUGCAGAAGACACACCAAGGGAGGCAAACCUGUCACAGCCUUUCAAAGGUGCUCUUGUCAGUGGCUCUAAAUGGGAUCAUCGGGCGGAGCUUUGAUUACCAAGGGCUCCCCCCAAAAGGGGAUCAUUUCCUUUACCCUUUGCUGCAGUUUCAUGUAGAACGAAACUCUGCAUUGCACACAAUCUCCCCCCUUUUCCCCCAAUGUUGCUUUUAUUAACCCUGAUUAGUAUGAGGCAAUGGAGCCCCAGGCGAUGACAACGAAAAGACACCAGAGCCAAGAAAUGUACCUCUUUAGGCUGCUUGUGGGGCUUUUUUUGGGGGGGGGGGAGUGUUUGUUUUUUGAAGUUAGACAUAGGAAGAAGAAAAAACGUCCAGGGCGUAUGCAUGUGUAUGGCUGUGCGUGAGAGAUGGAGAAGCUGGGUAGUAUUUGCUCUGCGGCCAGCACUGUUUAAAUCGCUGUCUAUAUUUAGCCUCUGAGUCAUCACAACUGCUGACAAGAGGCUGAAUUAGCUGAGACUUUGGUACUGCACCUGACUGCUGGCCUUUGUGUGUCUCCAACAGAGAAGGAGUGUAGCUCUGUCUCAAGAUUUUCUGAGUCGCUUCAUCCGGCAGAUCUGAAAGUUCCACUUCUACCUCCAGUUCUGUGUAGUGUAAACACUGGCCACUCCCUCUUCCUCAUUCUCCUUGGGGCAUCAGCUAAAAGAUGGCUUAAGUGAAAGGAUCCUUGUCCAUUGGCUUCUUAGGAGAAGAAGGAUUUUGUGUGUGUGUGUUGCAAAAUAAAGCCGUGUGCUAAUAAUAAUAAUAAUAAUAAUAAUAAUAAUUUAUUAUUUAUACCCCGCCCAUCUGGCUGGGCCUCCCCAGCCACUCUGGGCGGCUUCCAAGAAAUAUUAAAAUACUGUCAUAUAUCAAACAUUAAAAGCCUCCCUAAACAGGGCUGCCUUCAGAUGUAUUCUAAAAGUCUGGUAGUUGUUGUUCUCUUUGACAUCUGGUGGGAGGGCGUUCCACAGGGAGGGCGCCACUACCGAGAAUUUUUCUGGCAACCUGCUUCCAUUGACUUGCUUAUACUAAAUCUUAAGAGCAAGUUAGGAAUCGAUUCUCAGAACUGGAUUGUUGCAGGAAACACCACUGCAAGUUAGUAGAACUGAAGGAAGUUUGCACUCCUAGGACUAUCUGGUCUCCAGCCAGGGGUCUUGCUGCCUUCAGAUAGCUACCUUGGCAAACUGCCAUUUUUUACUCUUUAUGCAGCAGUAUGGUAAAGGUAAAGGGACCUCUAACCAUUAGGUCCAGUCGCAGACAACUCGGGGGUUGCGGCGCUCAUCUCACUUUACUGGUCGAGGGAGCCGGCGUACAGCUUCCAGGUCAUGUGGCCAGCAUGACUAAGCCACUUCUGGCGAACCAGAGCAGCGCACGGAAACGCCGUUUACCUUCCCGCCAGAGUGGUACCUAUUUAUCUACUUGCACUUUGAUGUGCUUUCGAACUGCUAGGUUGGCAGGAGCUGGGACCGAGCAACGGGAGCUCACCCCGUCACGGGGAUUCAAACCGCCGACCUUCCGAUUGGCAAGCCCUAGGCUCUGUGGUUUAGACCAAAGAGCCACCCGCGUCCCUUUAUGCAGCAGUAAAGGUAAAGGGACCCCUGACCGUUAGGUCCAGUUGCGGACAACUCUGGGGUUGCGGCGCUCAUCUCACUUUACUGGCUGAGGGAGCCGGCGUACAGCAUGACUAAGCCACUUCUGGCGAACCAGAGCAACUCACGAAAACGCCGUAGUAGUAGUUGACCAGUAUUAGCUGCUGUUAAUAUGUGUAAAGAGGACAUCCCCAAAUGCUUUGGAAAGGUACAUAGCAAGGAAGUGCAGGUGCUUCUUCCUGGUGUGAGCAUUCUGAAUGCACAUUUAUCCUUCCUACUUGGCCUUCAUCACUGAGGCAGAUUGUUCACGCCUGUACCGUAGUGGAGUAUAAAAUGUGGAUCUUCUUUUAGUGAAGACAUUGGAACUACCAAGGGCCAGCAUCUGACAUCCAUUCUAGAAGCACAGAUGAGGGAGAGGAUGAGCUGAAGAAGGAAAGAACUUUCUUUUAAGGCAGUUGGGAAAUGAAUUGUAGUCUGGAGCACGUAUCCUAUGACCAUACAUGCACAGGACCAUACUUGUGCAAUUGUGCUGUAGGUUGAGAGGAGAGAUGGCUUGAGGAAGGCAGAGGAAGUUGCCAGAGAAUGUUGCGCUGCACUUUAAUUCCCUCCUAGAAUAUGUUUCAGUUGGGCAAACUCCAUGCCAAUCCUGCUGUUGAUUCUUAAUGCGUAGGAUCAAUGGGGAAGCCAUCUGGUGGCCUAUACACAUAAAAAUUCACAACCAUUUUCUUAAAGCUUUUUGCUUUGUCAUCUGAAAGCAUACCUUGGGCCAAUGAAAUGAAGCCACAUUUCCCUCUUUUUUUUGCUCGGAUUGCUUUUUUUUUUUUUUAGGAUAGGCGUGAGUAUACUUGCCUUUAUGUUAUUUAAUAUUAAGGCUGUGUUUUAAUUGUUAUAACUGGCCCUGGGACCUUCAGGUGAAGGGCAGGCAAUAAAUUGUUGUUACAACAACAACAGUUUGUGAGGCUUGUAUGCUUGUAUUGCUUGACUUGGAACCCUUUUUUCAAAACCCUUGAACAGAGUCUCGGGGAUUGCCAAUUCCAAAACCAACAGAAUUGAGAGCCUGUGUUGGGUAUAGAGCACCCUUCCUUCCUUUUUGUUGCAUACAGAGCAAGAAACUAAACAAACCAUCAGAGUUAAGCAAGACAAGAAGGGCCACAUCUUGUGGGCCUGGGAAAAUGGUAGCCUGCGGUUAUCUUCUCUGGCUUGGAAGUCAACUGGUUCUUGCUACCACUUCCUGCAGCCUCAGUCCUGAAAGACAGAGAUGGAAGAGAAUGGUUAUUUUUAAUUGUAAGCAUACUGAGGAAUAGUCCACUUAUACAAUCUUCCAGCAAAUAGAUUGGGUCACACAUCAGAGGUGGAUUUAGGGGAGCACAACCAGUUCAGUCCUCGGGAGGAGGAGGGCUGCAGCUAUGAUUCAGAAUGAAAGGCAAGAGGUGGGGUGCCUCUGACAUUUGAGAGGUCUGCCACUGCACACACACACCCUGCAAAACCCUUGGGCAGUAUCUUUCCCCGUACAGACUCUGUGUUGGCCCAUAUUAUUGCUUAUGUGGCCAGAAUAUAACUUUUUCCCCUCCCCCUGUCCCUGCUUACCAAGUCACUUUUUCCUGAAAUAUACUGCACUGUUCUGAAAUGCUCAGUGGCGUCCUUCUUAAAAUAGUUAGGUGGGUUUUUUUUAAAUUUCAAGUCUAAUGGGAAGACUAUUGUGUGUUUGAUGCAUUUCCGCACACACCCUUUUCAUAAGCUUGCAUUUUAUGUGACAGGCGCAUGGUACCUGAAGGAUCUCUCUCAUCUUCCCCUCUGAGUUUGGGUUGAAAAUUAAAUAUUAGAGAACCAUUAGCACAGCUGGACAGUUUUCUUCCUAGUUCGCUACCUUCUUUUUAAUAGUAAGAACAGAGGUGUCUACGGUUGUGCUUGUUGUUCUGUGACUACUUCUGCUUCCCCUCACUCUGUCCACUGCCCGCCAACUUCCUUCUCCAUGUUCCUGACCUCUGUUGCCUUGGGGAACUUGAGUGAUUUCCUUGUUUUACCUAAUGUGUAAUCUGUCCUGUGGCAGCACAGUUUGCCUCCAGGCCCCUGGCAGGCAAAACAACUUUUCAAGUGACUCAGCUUCUGGCUUCUGUGCGCUGCAUACUUUGUUUUGCAUAUCAUACUCAUCGGUUUGUGUUUUGGUUGUUGGAGUCCCCUUGAUUUUCUGCUCCGGUCUUCAGAGUUCCAUUUUAUGUUGUUGGAAUGGCAACUUCAGAGUUAACAGUGACUCCGUCUAGUCCGAUAAAAGCUUGGCUGAAAGUUUGGAAGUGGCCACACCUUGGUCUUUUUUAAAGAUUGGGCCAAAAUGAAUUUUUUUUUAACAUCCACGCCAUUAAUAAAAGUUUGCUCUCUUGUGUAAAGUGCUCAGCUGCUUGAAAAAAAUCUAUUUCAUUGCACCAGAUGUCCCAAUUAGCAACACAGUGAUGGAAAUCAGAUCUCAGAUAUUUUGAAAAAUUACUUUUAGAUUACACUCUGUGAGUAUUUCAUCCAACAUUAUUCCUUUCUUCUGAAUUCUUUCUCCUUAUCCUCAGAACACACACUUGCACACCUGUAAAUGUCUUAGGAAGUUUUUUGAAUUCGACACUGGCUGGAAUAACAUAUAACAGAUUCCUUGGUAUUUACAACAGCUGCUGGAUUGACCGUAUCCCACAAAGGAACAUAAUUUAUAUUGUGUAGGACAAGGUUGAAGGGCACUUUUUUGAGAGAGAGGUGGGGUGAGGUGUCUGCAGUGGUCAUGGGAGAAGCUGGAUCUGUGACACUUAAGCACUUUUAAGUUCCGGAAGCUGGUUCUUUUUAUUUUAUGCAUACUGUUCUAUGCUGCCCAUUUCCUCAGCACUGAGAAGUUUCCAUAGGACAGGAGUGGGAACCUUCAGCCCCAGGGCCACAUUUUCUGUGGGCAACCUUUCAGGGGCGCAAUUUGGGAGUGGGGUGGGCAGAGGUAAAAGUGCAUCAGACUUUUAGCUAUAUACAGGAGGGCUCAUUCCAGUCAGCAGAACUCAGAGGUUUCUACAAAUACAUUUCUCCAUCUAGGCAAGCAACAGGCAUGAUCACAGCGCCAGGAGACAUUUCCACCAAGGAGGGCAUGGAGCAAGGCUGGAGAGGGGUGUGGUCUGGGGAGAAUCUUGAGGGCCAAGAAGAGAGGCAUGGAGGGCCACAUUGGGUCCCUGGGCCUCAGUUUCCCAAUGCUUUCUGUAACUGCAGCAAUGCUCCCAAAAUACACAAGGAUAACAUAAAUGGAGAAACAAGCAGCAUUGCACUCCUGUUGUGCAUCCAAUAUACUACCUCACAGCUCAUCCCCAGACAGAGGGAUAUCCUACACCUCAAAGUGUUUCUUGCCUUCUUUUAAACUCUCUGCCUCUCCCCAGAACUGCUAUUCUGCACACAUAACCCCACUCUUCUUAACUGGGUAAAAAGGUUGUCACUUCCUGGUUCUUGUAGAGCAGGGGUCAGCCAGGUUUAUCUUGCCUGGGCCGGAUCGGUUCCACAGAGAUCCCUCUGUGGGCCGGAUCACGCAAGCUCCAUCAAUUUUUGGUGUUUGCUCGUGCACAGAUGCAAUUUUCGGCACCACGGAAGCAAGACCCCAUGCCGUACUGCGCCGGUUUAGCGCAGUGCGCGAGCGGGAGGUUCGGUUCAGGGGCGGCUCGUGGGCCUGUCAAACUACCUCUGUGGGCUGCUUCCGUCCCAUGGGCCUUAGGUUGCUGACCCCAGUUGUAGAGUGAAUAUAUAUGUAUAUAUAUUCUCCAAAAAGGUAAUUAUUGGGAGUUCAGAGUUAUAUCCAUCAUUAGAGCAGACCUGACUCCUGAAUUUACCCAAGCAGUCAAUUGGGGGAGUUGGUGAUCCUGCAAGGGAACCAACUGGUAUGCUUUCAGAAUCCUUUCAAUGUCACAGAAGAUACUGGAGUGCUGCUGCUCUCAGCCUGCACAGCUGAGAUGUGAGCUUUUUCGGUCAUGUGGCACAGCUGCUUGGGCUUUCUUAAUGUCUUGGGUCAACCCUGGUCAGCUUAAACCAGGCUUCCAUUCUCUGCCGCUUUGGAAGGAAAUAAAAGCCCAUUGUUAACAAAUGAGGCAUUAUGAAUGAGAAUAAGCAGACUUCAUGCUGAUAACUGAAGGGAACCAGAAAGAGAAACAGUCCUGAAGUUGCCAGGGGUCCUUUGUUUUAAGGGGGCUUCCCCUUUAAUCUACAUCACAGCGUUAUGGGAUAUAAGGGAGGCAACACACGUCAUAAGCGUGCAGUGUGUAGAACAAUGACAAUGGCUUGAAUCCAGAGUCGGUCUUCCACAAAUGGAAGAGCUCCUUCCACCCGCAGAAGGAGGUACAAUCCAGCAAUUGCCCCUGCUGUUUCCUGCACUGCUUCCCAUUCUGUUCUGGAUGGCCUUCUGACACUCUGGAGCAGAUUUUGGGGGGCUGCAAAGGAAGGGGGAACUCUGAUAAAUCUCCUCCCCCUUCCUUCAGCAGCAGCAUGCUGUGAGCACAACUCUACUCACUGGAUCGCUCCAUCCAACCCUGUGUCUGCACACGUCUCUGAUUUUUGAAACUGGGAUCUGGCAUCCAUUGGUGCCUAAUUUUAAAAGCCUGAUUACGGCAUUUGACAGGAGAUGAGUGGCCGGGUGCUCUUGUCCAAAGGUAGCAGCAUAAGGUUUCAGUUUCUCCCUCACCACCACCACCACCCCAAACCAAUUUUCUACAUUUGCUGCUUGAUAAUGGGACCUGAAAUAACCCCUAGGUUCCCCCCCCCCUGUUUUUGUUUUCAAGUGUGUUCUUGCUUAAGGUUUAAUUGGCUCCAGUCAGUAGGAAAGGGCUCCAAGACUGAUUAUUUAUGGCUUACUGUCAAAAGGAGCUAUAAAAAGGGGCAGUAUUAUCUUGGAGAUGCUGGGAAGCAAAGCAUGGGGAGGUGGGGAGAGAGAGCGCAUAGGAGUGUGUUUUCUUGUACUGGAUAAAAUCAGUUUUGCUGUCUCAGCAGUGUGGUUUAAAUUGAAGAUUAACCCUUUGACCUUCACGGUGUCAAAUCACUUACAGAUGGAUCACCAGCUACACUUCUCUCUCUCUCCCUACCCUCUUUCCCCCCUUCUCUUUCUCCUAUGUUUUGGGGGUGGGGAGGGGGGCACCCUCCUUUUUUUAAAAAAAAAAAGGAGGGGAAAGAAGUUGUUUGUUCUUGCAGCUGGGGCUUUGAGUGGCUCAGAAGCCAAUCUGAUUAAAAACAGCACUUGGCUAAACUCUGCAGAAUCCUGCAGAAAGGAGGAGAAGAAGAAAAAACCUUAAUCCUUUUGUGCACAAUACAUAAAGGGUCUGCUCUUUUCUUUUUUACAAUGUUGGAGCUACAGUGAUUCCUGGAGGAUCUACCUCUCUCUCUCUCUCUCUCUCUCUCUCUCUCUCUCUCUCUCUCUCUCUUUCUUCUUCUCCCUCUUUCACAUUUUGGGCCUGCCCUUGAAAGCAUAACUGGAGUUUUCACUGGAAACUUGGGCGAUGAGUUUAAUAUGAGUAAUCGUUGUUUAGACCCUUUCCCCUUUUUACAGCACCAGCAGAACCGAAACCAGGUCUGGUGGCAGAUCCUCCUUUUCCUCCAUAACGUGGCGUUGAACAUGGAGGCCAACAGACACCACGCGGGUCGGAGGUGA